CCACGUGUGACGGAGCGCUGUCUCCCCGGCUCACCGACUGAAGCCCAGUACCGUCCACCGUCCUCCGCUUGAGAGUGCCCGCCAGUCACCGCCUGCAGCGGGGUCAGACAUGGAGGGAGACGGGAGCCCGUCCGCACCCGGGAGCCCGACUGAUCCGCACCAGGACCCGGGGUAAGUUACCAGCUUGUCGGUUAAAUUUCAAUGCAUGUGUCCCAUAAUAUCUGUUUUUAUUCUUCAGCGGUCUAUGUUUUUUAUUCAUACUGCUUUGCGGGUCAGCUACACCUUUGCUUGGAAAUAUCAACGACCCGACCUCCUUUGCUGCGUAGACGCCUGGAAACGAGCCGUUACUGCCUGAGGAAGUAACACACCAAACUCCAUUUAGAAAUCCCAAAGUUUUACGCCAUUAUGUCAUCUUGUGGAUGUACAAGGGCUGAUAGCACUCAGUAGUUCUUUCUGUUGUUAAAAAACUUCAUCCCGUGAAUUUGGCUCGCUACUAAUGCAGAUUAGCGGUAUUUCAACUAAACGAAUCACUAAAGACAUCUGGCAAUAGCACCAACAAUUAUCCAACUGAUUGUAUUUCGAUGAAGGAAAGUGACAAUUUCCCAACCGUGGCAGAUUAAAAGUUUAAGUACGCCUUUAUUAGGGCACUGUAGUUUAUUUUAUUCCUGCCGAAUUGAAGACAGUGUUCCUAUCGAUAAUUAAUGCAAAGAUUGGACUAUUCUACCAUGUCUGUAUGCUAAAAACCAGCAGAGCAUUACUUUGUAGAUUUUCAAAAGGGAUCUGGCACACAACUUUCACUCCGUACAGAGGGACGCGUAUCCGGGAUGCUGCUGCUUGCUCAGCUCCGGGAACUGAUCUGUCGUUUCUCCUGCAUUAUUUUUCUCCCUAGCCUUUAAAUUAUCAAAAAGAAAAGUUAAGUUAUUCAGACAACGUGGCAUUUGGACUGACUUAUCUUUUUUUUUCCUGAUAGGAAAAUGUUUAUUGGUGGCCUCAGCUGGCAAACUUCACCAGGUAAGUUUGUAUGUGUGUUUGCGGCCAGCAAGUCUUCCAUUUGACCCCUGCAUGUGUACCACACUUUCACUUCACUGUUAUUUUCCAUUUAAAAAUAGAUAAAUUGAUUUUGUGUUUUUUUUCUACAGACAGCCUUAGAGAUUAUUUCAGUAAAUUUGGUGAGAUCAGAGAAUGUAUGGUGAUGAGAGACCCAACCACUAAACGCUCCAGGUAAAUAUUCACGCCUCUAUACAAAAAUUAGCUUCAUGUCUUAUAAUAUGCUCAACAUGAUUAUGAUCUUAUCUAAGUAAUACAGUGAAAGACAAGACAGUGUACUAAAGAGAAGUCAGUAAAGAAAUAAAAUAUAUUGAUUAAUUAAUGCUGGGAAAGAAUCACAAAUGCCCUUUAUUAUGUGUUAUUUUGUCUUUUCAGGGGUUUUGGCUUCGUCUCAUUCUCGGACGUCACCAGCGUAGAUAAAGUGUUAGCUCAGACGCACCAUGAACUAGACUCUAAAAUGGUAUGUUCACCUUCUUAUUCAUAUCACAUGACACACUCUGUCAUGAGUGACUCUAUCUGUGUUAUUGCUGGGUGUAUCAUAUUCAUAUACUCCUCCAAAGCAUGCUGGGCGUUCUGUUAGACACCUACCUUCUGCUUUGCUGACCGACUUUGGAGUGUGUUAUGGUUUGAAGAACUAAAAGUCUAACUGGAUUUGACGGAGUAUGUGUUUUUGUGAUUAGGUUUUAUUCACCCAGAGCUGUAAUGCUUAAAUUUAUUUGUUCACAGUCCCUCAGACUGUUUUUUUUUUAAAUUGCAGAAAAUCUCCUCAGAUUGUUUUUAUUUAUUUAUGUUUGUGGAGUGAGUUGCUUUGUGGGUUAGGUGUUUGUGAGUUAAUCUUGUUGGAUUUUCCAUCAUGCCUUAUAACCAUGAUACGUUUGCCAAGUUUAGUGGAUAAAUGUAAGGAGGAUCUGAGCUUGCAGUGCAGGAGGAUAGAACUCAUGAUGGAAAUAACCCUAUCAGUCAUUAUUGAUAGAUGUAACAGGUUACAAUAUCCUAUAACAGAAAUUAGGCAUAAGAAGGAGAGUUUAAAUCACUCAAAAACAUGAAAAAUAGUGCAAAGUGGAACAAACAAGCAUGGGAAUGUUAGCUGAGCUCGCAGUCGCCUCAGUGGACUGUUACAAGAGGAUCAGAGAAAUGAUGAGACUUAGGCUGAGGCUGCUUUAUUCAGUGUUUUAUGGCCCGGCUGAUCAGCAAGUUGUGUGUAUGUCCUAAUGAAAUUGUAUCAGAAUUUAGUGGAGGAAUUCACUUAAUCUAUUUAGGGUUAUCUAAUUCUGCUCAUUUUCAAAAGUUAGAUUUUAUCAUACUAUCCAAACUUCUAAUGACGGCCAAAUAAAGUUAACCAAAGCUUGAAAUGGGACUACAUGUGACAUAGUUUGUUCAAAGAGGUGCCAAAAUCCACACAUUCUAUAAGAUCCUCACUGCAAGUUUACUAUAGAUUAAGCAUUUAUGUUUAAUAUCGAUGUUAUUUGACCAAAUAUUCAAGGGGGGAAAAGAGAAAUGAUGCAUUUAUUAUUGAAAUGAUCAAAAAUGUAUAAAAUGGGUUUUCUUUCUUUCUGAGUAUAAGAAUAAAUUAGCAGUUUAUGAAAAGACAGCAAUCUUCAAAAUUCUUUAUAGUUAAAAUCGUAAUAAUAGAAAGAUCUUGUUCCUUAGUGUGUAAUCUCUCUGUCUCUCUGUGUGUCUCUCUCUGUCCUGCAGAUUGAUCCGAAAGUUGCCUUUCCUAGAAGAGCUCAGCCCAAGGUAAGAACACUUCGAUGUGAGGCACAGGUGUGUUUUCACCUGGUUUCAAGCUGUGUUUGGCUGUUAGUUUGGUGUUUGCUGUUUUGUCUGUGUUGAAGAGAGUAGACUGUUGAAAAGUAAGAGAAAAAAUAGAGGGGAUGCAGAGUUUGAGCCAUAAAGAAAGAUGUAGGAGUGUCAAGUCAGAUGUGUGUUGUGUAGUGAAAGACUUGUUCGUUUUUUCUCUAAAACUGCUGUGAAAUGGACAGCUGGAUUGUUGGUAUUUAAAGCUACUCUUCAGUGAAACUGUCACUGUUCAUCUCUCUGUUCGCUGGUUGUCUCUUUACAGCUGGCCCUUCAGGCUGUGGGAUAACAUCAUGGUAUCUUUUAUGCUUUAGGUACUGAUUGUUGUCAUGCACUAACACCAGUGUGAUAAAUACAGACACGGAGAGAGUGAGGGAAGAUGAGUCCUCUCUUGUUUGUUCUGCUGUGGUGGGAAGGUGUGCUGACAGGUAGAUGAUCUGCAGAUAUACGCUCACACAGACAGAUGUCCUCUGGUAUGAUGUCUCUCCUGUAUUUACAUUGUUGUUGUGAUCUCUCUUUUGCUUAAUGUGUGUCUUUGCCAAGGCUUGUUAAGUUAUUUUGGUGCAUCCUAAAACACUGCAUCUGGUCAGAGGUACUGGCAUAACCAAUGGUAUCACAAUCUGUGAUAUAAAGAUGUCAAACUGCGGUUAAAGAGUCUGAGAUUGUAUUUCAGACAAACAUUUUCAUGGUUCUCUCUUUCUCCUCCAGAGUUAAGGCAGCAUGUUUUCUAAGAUUAUUAUUAUUUUUUUAACAACUCUGGCAUUUUAGACCAAACUUACGGAUAUAGAUAAAGGUUAUGGAUGUAAAAAUAGUGAUAAGUUACAAAUAUUUCCAAGUCACUGUCUGAAUACUCAUUUCACCAGAUUUCUCCCGAACUUUUAUACCAGUGAAUCAUGUAGAACCAGUUCUCUAACAGAUCAGGUGGUCCUCUCAGUCCUGUAGAGAUCUUACAGACAUGUCCUGCUCCACUGAUCCUAGACCUGCUGCAGCUGUGUGUGUGUGUGUGUGUGUGUGUGUGUGUGUGUGUGUGUGUGUGUGUGUGUGUGUGUGUGUGUGUGUGUGUGUGUGUGUGUGUGUGUGUGUGUGUGUGUGUGUGUGUGUCUGAGUGACAUUAAUGAGCAGAGCUGUUGAACAAAUGGGCUCAAACAAAGACAGUCCACCUCCUCUCAUGUGGAAACCUCCUCCUCUCUCUGCUCCAGAGGAAACAUCCUCCUCCUCCUCCUCCUCCUCCUCCUCCUCCUCACACAGAGAGCAGACAGGCUGUGUUAACCCUUCUGGUUGAGUGGUCACAGGGGGCUGCAGGUGUGGGUCACCUGACUGAAACUGCAGGAUUCUGCAGAGAAAGUUUCACACCACAGACUCUGACAGCAGGGAAGGAUUUAACCCUUUAUAACCACCUAACAAGAAACAGUGGAUUACAAAGCAGCAGUACAGUUUACGCAUUUAUACAGUUUUGCUUGAUGUGGGAAUAAAAUCUGUAAUUUUUAUAGUCGGAGCACUGUAGUUCACGAUAACACGUCAUGGUGGUUCCAGUUGCAGCAGUAUGAACUGUGUUUACAAAAUGUGACCACAGGCUGUAUAAAUAAUGGAAAUAGCCACUGUGAUGGGACUUACUGAUAUAUUUUUUAAAGAUUUGGGGCUUUUUGGCUUUUAUUUGGAGAGGACAGAAGGCGUAGUCGGAAAUAGGGUGUGUGUGAUAGAGUGAGCGAGAGUGACAUACUCUGGAAGUGAACCCGAACUGGACACUUUAAACAUAGCCCACGCAUAUGGGGCGUGCACAUGGAGCACUAAGCCAGUGACGCACCAACUCAGUGGUUUCAUCUGCCUCUCUGAAGCAUUGAAAGAGACCUCUUAUGCUGAGCCAUGUUUUAAAAAAUAUAUACAUACGAUUUGGUUACAUAUCACUUUUUUUCCUCUCUGCACAGUAUAUUUUUUCUUUAACAAUUGUUAUUGAGUUUUAACACAUUAUCAUACAUUGUUUUUGCAGCACACAUAACAGGCAAAAGUGUAUUCAAGCAGCUGCUGCUUUAAAUUAGUUACAGCAUUUAAAGUUUCUGCACAAAUCAUUUGAUAUAAAAAUACAGGAAUUUAUUCCAGAUAAUUUAAGAUCUGAUAAAUAAUAAAAAAAGACAUACUGUACGUCUUAACAGCACUCUAUCCAGCCCGUGGACAGCAGCUCUGGGACAACUUGAGUAGUGAGUGGAGCGACACAGCUCUAUAAAUUUCAGGAACAAAAGCCUCUAAUUUACAUACACUGAAUCAGUAAUUUCUGUAAAUUUUAAAUAUUGUGAUGGAAACUGUUUUCUUCUGCACAGGAUUUUUACAUCACUAUAAUGUAUGUGCGCUGCAGAUGUAGGCACCAAAAGUGUCCACUCUGGUCCUGUAAGUUUAGCAGUCUGUAUAUGCCCACUACAUAGAAAGCAAAGAGACAAACAGGAAAUCACUGUCUUUAAAUCCAUCAUGCUAAAUCGAGUGUUUUCCUGGAAUCUGUGACAGUAGUGAUGUUGUGACUCAGGCCCAGAUAUAGAUACAGACACUUCACAGAUACAGACACCUCCUGCACAUCAAUCAGUCCUCUGUUUGUUCAAGAGAAAGUGACUUCAGGUAGAUUUUUAUCUAACCCAGAUAACAAGGAAGUGGUGACAGCACAACGGGUUUUAUGUCAUAUGAUUGACAUUGCACAUCCUGUGACUAUUGGGUGUGUGUGUACUGCAAUUGUGGUGUUCAAAUGAUUGAUCAGCCCCAACAUAUAGUAUUACAUUGGUGAAUAUCAAUACUAAACCUUGGUAAAGUCUCGAAAUAGGAGAUGCAUAGAUGUUGGCUCAAUACCCGGAUGUGUUUUCUGGCUUUUGUCUACUGCUUGUUUUGAGUCUUGGCCUCAACCUGACGUGUGCUGUCCUAUUUGGACAGUGUUCCCAUCCAGUUGCUCUUUUAUAGACAUGCUUUGCUUAUUUGAUAUUUUGCGCUUCUCAUGUUUGUUAAUGAACUAUAAACACACUUAAUUAAUAAAAAGUCUAAAAAUCCCCUGCCUGAUCAUAUAAAAAACAGAACAUUUUGAAGCUUGUGGUGGAGCUGUUGUAUGAGGUUGCAUUAGAUAGCCCAGGUUGGUGUCAGUGCUUUGUCCACAGGGGGCACCAAAAUUAACACAAAUUUCCAUUUUCCAUUUUUUUUCCAUUUUCCCUACCUUUUGCUGGGGCUGGGCGAUAAACCAAAAAAUUACAGAUACCGAAAUUUACGAUAAUAACCUUUAAGACGCUGUCCUACGUCAGAGACAUGACUCCACCCCAUCCAGUCCGUAACACAGAGGGAAAGACAAGUGAGAAGACAGAGGACGUAUCAAAAGUUGUAGCAGCUGGAGUGGCGGCUGAAGUAGACAAAGUUAAUGUGGGUGAAGGUGAGCAGCUUGUGGAGUAGUUAUCAUCCAUUUAUUGUUAUGGAGGUGAAAUGCUCAAUAUAUUGUGAUAUUGAUUUGAGGCCGUAUCGCCCAGCCCUACCUUUGGCCCUGUUUCACUGAAUUUAUGUUCAAAUAUUCCUGUCAUGCAUGAGUCUGUUGCUUGUCAUCAUUAAAGGCCUGUAACAUUCUUGUGUAACACAAUAGAGGAACAGACAACACACAUAGGUGUACGGUUUUAACAUGUAGGCGACUGAACCUCAAAAAAAAAAAAGGUGUAAAAAGAAUUUCUGAUAAACUCUAAUUUUCUUUUGGAACCCUCUCCGUUCUCCCUGGACUGGACUGAACCUCAGUCAGAGCUGCGCUGUUUGAUUGGUCCUUUCUCUCGCUCUUUCUCUCUGUCUGUCUGCAUGAUAAAUCUGAGUCUAAAUUUAGAGGCUGGUUUCCUCAGACAAAAAGGAUUAGUCUCAGAGUAGAGGGAGACCGUCGAGGAGAGACAGAGACAGUCUGGAGUCCACUUAGAGCUCUGCUCCAGGCUCUGCUGAGUCUUUGUCUCUAGGAGAUCAGCCAGACUCCAUGGCUGUAGGAGCCAUCAAGGUGGACUGAUGACGGAGGUUAUUGACAAAAAGUUUUUUGCCUAGAUAAAAGCAGCAACUGACUACUUCCUGAUGAAUGAUUUAAUUCAUAAAAUCUAUUUUUAAUAACCAGUGUCCUCGAAAUCUGUCCAAACAUCCAAAAGCAACGAGUGAGUUUAUUGUUAGUUUUGAGCAUGUUUUGAACACAAGGUGGGUCAAAAUGAGGAAAUGAAAACAUCAAUAGAAAAUACAAGAAAAACAGAAACUACAGACUCAGAGAAAAAUCUGAUGAACUCUAAUGUAUUGUGAUGAAAACAGUGACCCAGUUAUUAGUGCAGUCAAAGGAUAUAUAUUUUUUACCAUCAAACAUCUCAGCUCUCUCACUGUUAUUCCCUCUAUGAGUUAAAAUGGUAGUAUUUACAGACCCUCAAUAAUUUCUCAUACGAUUUUAAAACAUUUAGAUAAUAGUGAUCAUGUCUUUGCAUGAUCAUCAAGUACUACAAAAAUUUAAGUGUUUUUAAGUACCACGUAUUCCCAUUUCACCCAAUAAGCGAACUGUAGAGUCUCUUAAGACAUCUCCUAUUGAAAUACAAAGUUCACCAUCAGAUAUGCACUUAACAUUGACGCAAAUGAUGAAUGCACUAUAGGGCAAAUGUUAGUUAGCAGGAAACAGAAUAAACAGUGUGCAGGUUGUUCAUCAUGAGAAGGUGUUUACUGAACAAGUUACAUGACACAGAGACAAAAUACUGUUACUGUGUGUAUUUAAUAAGCAUCAGUACACUGUAAAUGUGGGCAGAUGCUAACAGCUGUUUGUAUAUCGGAAAGCUGAUCAGCGGUGAAUGGCUGACAUCCUCGUCACAAAUAAACGAACAUGGCUUCACGUGAGUGGAGGAAAGGGUGUCUCAUGUCUCUAAAUUGAUAUUUCUUUGUUCCUUUCCUCCCCCCUCUUCAUUUCCUUGCACCUCCAUAAAUCUCUGGUGGGGGGACUGAGAUGCAAAGAAAAGUGAAGGAUGUGGAUGGAACUAAAGAGAACUGAGACACACUGACUUUCACCUUUAUGUUAACAUACAGGCCUCUGAUUGGCUUAUGUUGUUGAAGAACGCCUGCAGACAAAAUUCAGAGCUGGGAAACUUCAAACUUCUUUACCAGACUGAUUGUCAAUUUAACAAAGUUUUUCUGGAGUAUCAACCAUCUCAUUAUCUUUUCCUGACUUUGACACAGUCUUCAGUAGUCAAUAAAGAAACUCUGAGUCAUCAUGGGUGAGCUGCAAGAGACAGAAGACAACUCUUUUUUUUCACUCAAUGCCAACAUUUUGAUGUAAUGCAUUGUUUAUUUGUGCAGGCUUAUCUUCUCUUCUUGCUGCUGUUUUUUAAUUGCCCUGCACCUCUGUGAUAUGAGUAUAAUCACCCGCUUUCAUUUUGGCUGAGUUAUGAAGCACCAGCAUCAUUUUCCACAGAUUUCUUGCAUCAUGGUCUUUAUUAAUGUUUCAGAGUCCUUAGGUUUGGUUUGUCGCUUCUUUCUGUGUGUUUAUGAUCAUGAACAGCAGUGCACCAAUUGGUGGACUACUUGGUGGACAAAAACUGAAGACAAAAUUAGUUGACAGCACAUUUGAUUCUUGAUAAUUGGUUGGAUAAAACGUCACAUAUGUUUUUCAUGCAGUGAGCAGCUGUAGCCUUGUUUCCUCUUCAGGAACUUGGCCUAUUCUGAGACAUAUUUUAGCUGAUGCAACACCAUCACAUCCUAGGAAACUGUAUUUGAUGGAAAUUGCGUAACGGUUAUCAGUAGGCAUGGUACCUUUCAGUACGUUUACAUAUGAUUUUUUUUUAUCUGUAUCCUGUUAGAGAAACCAUCACGCUUUGGGAAACGAUAUAGUCUUUUUUAAAAAUAUAAAGUUCAGAAAAUCACUGUUUUAAAAAGUCCUUCAGUAGAGCAAAUCUCAAUGGUGCAGAUGUUGAUGCACCAUUGAGAUUGAUGAUUGUGAGUAACUGUUUGAUAAUCAUGAUAAUUGUGAUAAUGAUUUUUGCCUCACUGCUGACUUUCAUGCCUUUCUUUAAUGCUUAUUUAUUGGUUUUUGUGCAUUGAUUCCCAAUCAUCCUCUGGUAUGUUUUACUCACUGCUCUGUAGAGGAAUGUCUUUUCAUGUAGGCAUGUAAUGGAGUUUCAUAACAAAGGUGUACCCCCUACUGGCCUUGCAUGUCUGCUCCAGCAUUUUCAGCCAGUUUUGUGGAUUUCUAUGCAUGCAGGUUUUUUCUCAAUGAUCAUCAAGUCAACCUCAGUGACACAAAAGAUGAUAUUUGAAAGCACUUUGGCUGUUUUUGUAGGAGAGUUACUUUUGCCUUUGAUCAGAAAAAUUGAGCUAUAUAGAAAUAUGUCUACAGCUGUGCACAUCACAAAGCUUUAUGGAGAAUGAAUAACUGCUUUGCAUCAGGUUUAACAGAUGUUACGAUGAGUAAAUACACUGCUCAGAAUAAAGAGACUGUCAAGAGAUUAAAAUACAAAGAUGUAGAGAGGAUUAUAUUAUGAUUUACCUCUCUUUAAAAAGCUGCUGUUCCUUCAUUUGUUUUGAACAUUAAAGUCUUACUCCGAUCAUUUUUUUCUUACUACUUAAAGUGUUCUCAGUGGUCUUUUAACUGUGAAUAUACAGUUUUUAGCUAAAGUCGCAUUACCUGUGUCAUUUUCAAGGGCUUUUCUUCUGCAGAGCUCUAGUUGCUUAUUAGCAAUUCGGUGCUGCUUUGCACACUUCUCUUCAUGUUAGCUUGCAGCCUAACAUUGCUAGUGUAGUAGAAGUGGCAGGUAACAUAGGAGCUAUUUAGCUCUGGGACACUAAUGUCUUUAGGGACAUGAUGAAAGCUAACAUCAUAAUUAGCUUUCUUACGAGCAUUGCAAUCCGCUAACGCAGACGCUUGUUCCGAUCGUCCUCUCUAUUUAUCCGAGUCUGGCUUGCAUAGCGGGGCUCAGGGGGCGGAGCUUGGAUUUGCUACGAAGGAAAUCUCACUGUAUCUGAACCCACCGUUUGGGUCUGCCAGAGAUUCACAGUGAUUUGAAUGCAAAAUACUCAGAAAUGCAAUUUGGCACUUAUUUUUCACAUGAUAUGUUCUGUUACAUCAGAAAAAUGUCAUAUAAACAUGUAAAAACAUGUUUAUAUGAGUCUUUAACUGUUCAGACUUUUAAUAUUUCACCAUGUAAAGCUGGAUAAGUAAUAACUGACAUGUGGCAGCAGGAUUGCAGUCCUGGCUUUAGGUUCAUUAUUACGUUUUGGCCCCUAAAAACACUUUUUAAUCACAGUCUCUUUGAAUGUUUUUCUGGCUUCUACUCUGUUCUAAAGUAAAAAUCCCAAUGUUUUAGUCCCACAUAAACCGCUCUCUGUAGUGGAAUAAAGAUGUGACAUUCAGCAAAUUCUUCAUGUCAAAGAGUGAAAAAGACCAGAGUCCUCACUGCUCCUGCACUGAUGGGUUUUUUCCUCCUUAACUUUCCUGACUUUAGUCUUUGUUGUCAGCUUUAUGGAGCUAAACUGCUGACACUCAGUAUCCAAAGAGAGCCAGCAUUUCUCUGUUAGUUAGUUCAAGUUCAAGGAACCAAAUGCAUCCAACGCCUUUAACAGGUUUUUUUAUGUUGUACUCACCUGGACAAAGUCAUCUUUAUGUGUUUAGUGACACCGUUAUUUGAGACUUAAAAAGAAAAAGAAACUCUAAAUUUAAUGCACUUUAAUAUAAUAUGUUGUGUUUAUAGCCUAAGUAUAUUUUAGAGUAAAAUCUGCAUAUUAAUCAAAGAUGAAGUAUUUUGUUUGCUGCUGACCUACAUCUCUGUGUCUGUGCAGGUUUUUGCAGACUGUCCAUCAUUGAUUUCCUCUGCCAACAUGUCUCUAAAUUCAGCCUUUUCACUCUAAAAGCCUGAAAUCUGCUGAAAAGGGAGAAAUGAGGUGGAGGAGGAGAAACACUGAGCACUGACGGAGGAAGAGGAGGAACAAAGUGAAGGAGUUUUAAAGAACUGAAGAAAAUCUGCAAAUCUGCAGCUUAAAGAAGAGCGGGCAGAUUUGAUUCGAUAACAGUUUAUGGAAUUAAAUGAUCUGUAUCAAAGCAGAAAAUCAGAGAAACAAAGAUACAGACAGUGAGGAGGCUGAGGGCUGAAUGUAAAAACAGAUGGUUCAUAAAAAUCCUCUGCUUAGGGAAAAACUGGAUAAAUUCAGGAUUAAGAUUAUUUAGCUCAGAUAUUCUCUCCUUCUCAAAAAAACAUAUUUCAGAAUAGGCUUGAAACUUUUGCAGUGAAUUUUGGAGUAUACAUUUAGAUCAAACUGUGUAUCCUCAAAAUACAUUGCUCUAGUUUGCAAUGUUGAGACCAUGUCUGGAAAAUGUCACUUCUGAACAUGUUUAAAAUGCCAAAAACAGAGAAAAAAAAAGAGUCACUGACAGGAACCAAAUUGUGAUUAACUCUGCACAUGCUGGAGAUGUCUCUGCAGAGAGGGGUUGUGGCCUGGGGUGGAACCAGCGACCCCGCUAACAAGGACUUCUUCCCCUGCACAUGUCACACUUAUUGAUCAAUAUAAUCCUGGGGCUGUCAGUGUCAUAUUUCAGAUUUAUUUCCAUAAUUUACCAGAAUUACAAAGGACUCAGUUCUUCUUUCUUUUGGUUUGCGCUCGUAAACAGAUCAAUAACAUUUCCCAGUAUAUGUUUUGUUAACAGUGCUGACAUUACCAAUCAAACAGAUCAUCAAAGAGUCAAAAUAUGAACAUAAAAAAAUAUGAACUGAAAAUUAUUAAAAGGAAAACCCUCCAACAAUGGAUAAAUCCUGAAUGGCAAAGGCUAAACUAGAGACCGCCUUAUCACACACACACACACACAAACACACACAAAUCAAACCGCAGAUAGGUGUUAUGGCACAUUUAGUUUGCUGUUGAUUAUUUUCCCCGCUCUGUUGGUAAUGUGAAAGAAAAGUUACUAAAAAACAUAUACUGUAUUACCCUAAUUCUUUGGGUUGGUGCAUAAAUUGAGAGUGAUGAUUAGCCAAAAACAUUUCCUAACCAUCUUAAGAUCAAUACCCACUCUCAAGUUGUUUUUUUACUCAGUUGUUAGCUGAAGGAUACAUUGUGUGAUGGUGUAGAGGGAGCAGCUGGUUAUAAAUGUUGAAUUCAAAUGAGUGAGACAAAAUGACAACUUACCAUUUACACUGUCCUGGUUUAAUUUUUCACAUUCCUGAACUCUUGAUUACAUAUUAAAAACAGGUAUUAUGUGCUUUCUUUAUAUAUGAUAUCGUGACCUUAUUAUUUUUAAUGAAAUUUUAGAGAAAUUUUUAGAGUGACUGAAGUACUCCAGGGUGAGAUUUUUUUCUUGUAAGUUCUUCAUUGUAACUUCAUACUGUUGCUAGAAAAGUUUUGUGUGUGUGUGUGUGUGUGUGUGUGUGUGUGUGUGUGUGUGUGUGUGUGUGUGUGUGUGUGUGUGUGUGUGUGUGUGUGUGUGUGUGUGUUGACCUGUAGGUGGCAGCUGGUUGGCCUCAGGGUUCUGCAGCUGUGCGAGCGCUCUCGUUUUUUGCCCAUCUUUGACUUUUCUCUUUUUCACAAACUCUUCUUCACGUUUUCUCUGACCUUUCACUCAGUGUUUUUAUUCAUUUUUCUCUUUUUUCACUCUUGAUUUAUUGAUCGUUAUUCAUGGAGUGUUUUCACUCUGUUUAUCAGAGCACUCAGUUUGUGCUGAGAUCAUCCUCAUUCUUUUCUUUCCCUCUCACUGCAUUAGAGCAUAUACACACACUAUUUUGUUAAACUUACAACACAAUGUUAGAAACAGAUUCUGUAGCUUUUGUGGUUAUUGAACACAUGAAAAUGUGACAAAGGAAAGUUUAAUUUACAAAGUGCAUGUUUGUGUUGAGCCUGCUGACUGUGGGGCUGUCGCAACAUACCAGUUUUUGGUGGUUUCUGUCUUUAAAAAAAAAAAGAAAUCCUAGAAUCGUUAUAUCGUUAAUAAGAGUUAUUUAUGUAACGUGUGCCACGAUAAAAGGCAAAAAUUACCUAUUCAACAAAAACUCUGCUGUCUCGGCGUCUGUUUUCAGGCAAUGUCUUCACCAAAGAAACCACAGGUGUGAUGAUGUAGAUAAACUUAAGCAUCAUUAAAAAUGCAUGAUUACAUAUAUGUUAGUAUUAUAUAUCGUAGCAGGCCUAGCUGAUACAUAAGACAACUUCUUAUUCUGUGACAGGUUUAGAUUUUUACGUUAACAUGCUUGAAAAAAAUUCUGCUGCCUCAUUUUACUGUAUGCAAAACGUGAUGCUUCUGGUCUGAUCAAACUUACUCUGGUGUUUAAAUGAAAAUUCAUUUUUAACUUACAGGAGAAGUUGGUCUUUGCUAGUUCUGUAUUUCAGCAGCAAAGUCACCAGCAGUGAGAUCAUACUCACUUUAAAAAUGAAUACUGCCUCGGGUCUAAAAGAGAGUAAUUUGUAAAGUGCCUCAAACUUCCUGCAAAGUUUCAGAUUUUUCCUUCAAGGAAACACCUAAUUAGCAUUUUAAUUUUUUAGGAUAGCUUUAAGGAUCAUCCUCUCAUCUCUCUCUCAGAUUUUUCUUCUUUCCAUUGAUGGUCUUUUUUGUUAGUGGAGGGGGGACCUGCUGCUGAGCUCUGUGUCUAUGAAACAGAGACUGCAGAUGAGCUGAGUCAUCCUCAGUCACUGCAGAAAGCAAAUUUUACUGAGUAUUUGUCUUAUGUUCGUAAAAUAAGUCACACUGUCCAAUGUCAAGUCCAGAUAUUAAUUUUACAUUAAAGGGAUAAUCUGGUGUAAAUUUAAAUUGUGGUCAAACACAUCAUAACACAGAGUUAGACACCCCUCUGAGAGAUGAAUGUUGCUGACCGCUUGCUUCUCUUGAUAUGCCAACUUUAGUAACGACCACAGGAUAGCAAUACACAGGGGUCUAUGGCUUCAUACACAAACCUCAACCAAAAAGCCACUCUAUAGCCACAAAUAAUGCUCAGAACAGCACCUAACUUCAUCAACAGUACAUAUAGGGUCCCAGCCAUGGUAAUAGCCAUCAAACAUCUUUUUAACUUUGCCUAAUUUCUUUAGCAAAGAGACUAAACACAACUCACCCACUAUCCUCCAGCAGCUGCUUGUUUAUGGGGGAGCCCUGCCGAGUUGAUCACCGAGUGCAGCGGAGUUUCGCAGCAUUUAUGAUUAUUACUUCAUGGAAAUGCAAUCAGACCGAGACGCUAUGGCAGAAGAACUACCGUGUCUUCAGUGCAAAGUGAUUAUUAUGAUGAUUAUUACUUCACAGAAAUGAUCCGCUGCACUUGGUGAUCGACUCGUCAGGGCUCCCCCGUUGCUGAAGUUGGUAUAACUAGAGAGGCAAGCAGUCAGCAACAUUCAUCUCUCAAGGGGUUAUCUAACUCGGUGUUACGGUGUGUUUGACCAUAUCUUAAAAUUACGCCAGAAUAUCCCUUUAAGAUAUUUGAGAUAUUACUAGCCAUGUCAAGGAUGGCAUUCAAGGAUGAAUAAAAUCUAUUCAGCAUCCCUGUCUGUUUCCAUUUAAUCUGGUCAAUGUGGCCGCACAAUACCUGUGAUCCUACACUACUAAAAUAUUAACAAUCACACGCCUCAAACCUUCAGUUAUUGAGGUACUCCUGGCUCCUGGAUAAAGAAUUAUUUCUUGACUUCAACUACCUCUCAUCCAACUCUCUGAAAUCAUCCGAAAUCUGAAAUUUAUUUACAGUUGUAGUAUCUACACUCAGCCCUUUGUUGAGCAACACUCACAGCUACGGAUGAAAUAGCAUCAUUGACACAAUGAAAAUGAUCCUUCAGUAUGCUUCCAGAUUUGGUGGGCAUGGAUGCCAAAUAGGUGGGCCCAGCCCCAGCUAAGCCCACCCACAGCUAAGUCCAAAACCUGCUGUUUCUUGAUGGUCCACUCCUAAAUAAGUCAGUCUUGAUUGAGACCCAUUGUAACAUGACAAACUGUACAGCAGAAAUAAACAUGUUGAGCUACUGAGCUCAUUGCUCUGUUCAGAACUUCCAUAUUUUUAUGGCUGAAUUUUCAUUAGUCAUCUGUUUAAAUUGUAAUAAUGCUUUAAAAUAUAUUAUGCAUUAGUGCUGGGCGACAUGACACCGCUUUACGUGCCCUCUUUGUGUCCAGCGUCUCCCGCCGUUGCGGGUUACCUGGGUUACACACGUGAGGGGAUCAUUGUAAGCAGUGCUUAAUUUGUGCCGGAGCUAGUCGGAGCGCGAUCCGGGACCUCUUUUGAUCGGAUCCGGGACCUAUUUCAGCCGCUCCGGCACCUGUUUUAUGUGCUCCGGGACCUUCCCUGUAGAGGAUGACAUUUUUCGGGGAUUCCCCGUGGGUCACGUGAUUCCCGCGGGAUGGGAGUCAUUUUUUAAUUAAUCCCUUGAUCGGGACAGGACGGGAAAAAAAGCAACGGGAGUGGGCAGGAGCGGGAACAUUAAUAGAUGAUCAUUUUCAGCCGUGUUUAACAACCAGAUGAACAGGUGCGUCCAUUUUUGUAGUCAUCUCUCAGUGAGAGCUAACACUCUUGACCGCGCUAGCAACACAAAAGAACUACAACAGUGGUUUGACUUCCUGUCAGCUGGGAGCGCGGCUGCGCAUUUCUACCCUUCAAGCCAGCAGCGAGGAAACGUAAUUUUGUGACAUUCUGUAGUUUUUCAAUCAUUUCUGGAGUCGUGGCGAAUCAAAUCACCUUACCUGUCUGCCCCUGAUAGGCGAAUAAAGCGCUCGGAUUCAUGCUCGGGUCUUCCCACGUGCUUCAAGAGUAAAGUAAACAAUGAUGGAGGCAUAGAGCAGCUUUGGAGGAGAAACAUCUAGCAGUGUGAACAACCUCUUCAAAAGAGCCCUAAAGACCUACCUUUUUAAUGAAGUCUUUGGUUAGUUUUCCUCUUUGCUUUUACUACCUUGCCUCUUACAUUGCAACUCUAUAUUUUUUAUUUAAUUCUUUUUUUUAUGCCAAUCUGUGGCUGUCAUUCUAUUGCUUUUUUAUUGUUGCUGCUCUUUUUUUACUGUGUACUGUAGCACUUUGAGAUUUUUUGUAAAUGUAAAGUGCAUUACAAAUUAAAUUUAUUAUUAUUAUUAUUAUUAUGGAGUGCUUUGGCUCACACUCGGCGUUUUCUGUGAGUGUUGCAUAACUUUGGGUGAGCACAGACAUGAACGCACUUCAGCCACGUAUUUAUUUAUUCAUUUUUCUAGUUUUAAGUGCUGGUCUUGUACAGGUACUAGUGCAGUUGUAUACACUUAAAUUUUUCAUAGAACUGAAAGCAUACCAUAGCUAUAUCGUGAUAUAUAUCGUUAUCGUGAUAUAAAAUGAUCCAUAUCGUGAUAUACAUUUUUUUCCAUAUCGCCCAGCACUAUUAUGCAUACAUAUUAGAGAUAAACAGAUGAAUUGGUCAGCCGAUUUAUCAAGCUGAUUGUUGGCAUUUUGACAUAAUUGACAUCAUAUUGGUUUCAGCCCUCACAAGGCUAAUAUUACCAUCAUCUUUGCCUAAUAAUAAACCAACUUUCAGAGCGUUUUCUGUCCAGGUAAAAGUAGCUUUUCUAUAUUGAAGCUACAUGCCUUUCUAAUCAUCCUCAUUGAAUAUUUUUAUGUGAAGUGUACACCUCUUUAAAAGUAAUAAUGUAGGUUAAUGAAGUAGUGUAGGUGUCAUGAUUGAUUUGGCACCAUUUUUUUAUCAAGGGUGAUAGCUGAUGAUUGUUUAUUUUUUGUUGAUUCCUUUUUUUGUCUGAUUUCACUCACUUUUACUUGAGUUGAGUGGAUGUAUUCACUUUUUAGUUAACUGCUCUUGACUUCCACUUUCUUUAACUUUUGAAAUAAAAUGUGCGCUUUAGAUUUUAUGUAACUGCACAUUUAUUGCGACUUUUGUUUUCUCUAACUGAUGGAAAAAUGUGAAAUUGAUUUUAAAUAUUAAGCGAUAAUUGAGUCAGAGCUCAGACUGAGUUCUGUUUUUAAUUCUGUUGGAUAUAUCUUGUGUUGAUAAUCAUCAGUGAGGCUGAUCUAAUGAACUAUCUUAAUGAGAUCUUCCUCUGUGUCUGAAUGAAGGAGGAGAUGAUGAAGAGGAGGAGUGUCUCCUUUAGUUAUCUCAGACCUCCUCAGGCUGCUGCUCACGUCCAUCACAGCUUCAGUCUGAGAGAGCAGACAGAUAAACCACAAACACACUCCACUAAUGUAAUGUGAGGAAAUGAGAGACUCGCUGUUUGUUUUGUGACAGUCCAGGAUCAGUGAGUCUGACACAGAGAGAGCGUGGAGUUUUAAAGAGAGUUAAACUAUAGUGUGUUAAUGAUAAUACAAAACUAGAAAAUUCCCUCUGGGAAAUCUUUGAAAGUACCACAGGGGCUACUGUGGGAAGUGUACAUUAUGAUGAGAGAUAUCAAAUAAGUAAUACUAUUGAUACUAUUGUGAUAUUAUAUACGGGGAGCGCAUUCCUUUUUUCAAGUAUUUAUUUAAACAAAACAAAACAAAACAAAAAAAAUCAGCCGUAGCAGUAGACGUUUGAAAAACUCCAAUAAUUGCUCUUUUUCUUCUUUAGCUUGCCCCAUUGACUUCAAUGCAAAAUGUUUCCACGGUUGUGAAAAACUGCAUAUACAAUAGAAAAAAAGCAAUAGCACACCAAUCGCAAUCAAACCACACAUUUUGAUUUAUAAUUUGUCCUACAGCUCUUUUUUUUUUUUUGCAAAUAAUAAUUAACUCAGAAUUUCAUGGCUGCAACACGUGCCAAAGUAGUAGGGACAGGGGCAUGUUUACCACUGUGUUACAUCACCAUUCCUUUUAACAACAUUCAAUAAAUGUUUGGGAACUGAGGAGACUAAUUGUUGAAGCUUUGAAGGUGGAAUUCUUUCCCAUUCUUGCUUGAUGUACAGCUUCAGUUGUUCAACAGUCCAGGGUCUCCGUUGUCGUAUUUUACGCUUUAUAAUGCACCAACAUUUUCAAUGGGAGACAGGUCAGGACAGCAGGCAGGCCAGUUGAGUACCCACACUCUUUUACUACGAAGCCACGCUGUUGAAACAAAUGCAGAAUGUGGCUCAGCAUUGUCUUGCUGAAAUAAGCAGGGGCGUCCAUGAAAAGACAUUGCUUGGAUGGCAGCAUAUGUUGCUCCAAAACCUGUAUGUACCUUUCAGUAUUAAUGCUGCCUUCACAGAUGUGUAAGUUACCAUGCCUUGGGCACUAAUGCACCCCCAUACCAUCAUGGACCAUCGAGCCAUGCUGGCUUUUGAACUUUGUGCCGAUAACAGUCCGGAUGGUUCUUUUCCUCUUUGGCCCGGAGAACACGACGUCCACUAUUUCCAAAAACAACUUGAAAUGUGGACUCGUCAGACCACGGAACACUUUUCCACUUUGCAUCAGUCCAUCUUAGAUGAGCUCGGGUCCAGAGAAGCCGGCUGCGUUUCUGGAUGUUGUUGAUAAAUGACUUUCGCUUUGCAUAGUAGAGUUUUAACUUGCACUUACAGAUGUAGCGACGAACUGUAUUCACUGACAGUGGUUUUCUGAAGUGUUCCUGAGCCCAUGUGGUGAUAUCCUUUACACAUUGAUAUUUGUUUUUGAUACAGUGCCGCCUGAGAGAUCGAAGGUCAUGGGCAUUCAGUGUUGGUUUCCGGCUGUGCCGUUUACGUGCAGUGAUUUCUCCCAACUCUCUGAACCUUUUGAUGAUAUUAUGGACUGUAGAUGUUGAAAUCCUUAAAUUCCUUGCAAUUGUACUUUGAGAAACGUUGUUCUUAAACUGUUCGACUAUUUGCUCACGCAGUUGUUCACAAAGUGGUGAACCUCGCCCCAUCCUUGCUUGAGAAUGACUAAGAAUUUUUGGAGAAGCUGCUUUUAUACCCAAUCAUGGCACCCACCUGUUCCCCAUUAGCCUGCUCACCUGUGGGAUGUUCCAAUUAGGUGUUUGAUGAGCAUUCCUCAAAUUUCUCAGUAUUUUUUGCCACCUUUCCCAACUUCUUUGUCACGUGUUGCUGCAACCAAAUUAUAAAGUUAAUUAUUAUUUACAAAAAAAAAAUUUAUUAGUUUGAACAUUGAAAAUCUUGUCCCAGAGACUCCUAUGUCCUUAUCGUCAUUAACCUUAUUUAUUUUGUAUAUUUUUAUAAUAUUUACUUAUUGUCGUAUACCUUCUAAUCAAUUUAGUGAGUUAUUUUUUGCUUCCCAUCGUUUGUGUGCUUGCUGUGUGGCACUGCUGGUUUUAAAACAAGUUUCCCUGCAGGGAUAAUCAAGAUGUUCUCGAUUCUUAGUUAUAUUAAGCUUACUUUGUAGUCCAGGCCUCAGAAGAGUUUAAUUUUUGGACAAUCAAUUUAGAAGAUAAAAGCACACUCAAAAAAGUCUUUUAGUCAUUAUUACCCCAAUGUAAGAAUGAAUUUUUCUCAUGAGCUUUUUAUCAGCAGACAGACAUAGAUGUAUUUUUCUGUUCAUCAGCAAUGAAACAUGUUAAUCUGUCUCUACAUUAAAUGUGUUUUUGGAGGAAUGACAGGUUUACUAUGAAACAUAAACCCUUUUAUGGAUGAUAGUAACUGACUUGGAAUCAGUCCUUCCUUUGCUCUAAGAGAAACAACAGUUUCAGUAAUCUCAGCGUCCAGCAGUGAGAGAGAGAGGACGAGUUUAUGUGUCUGCUCGGAUGAGAAGCUCAGUGAAGGAGAGGUGGAGGGGGCAUAGGUGGAGGAGGAUGGGGAAGAGUGAGUUAGUCCUCCUCCUGCUGAUGCUGCCGUUUUGUCCUCCGUCAGCCUCUGUUAUGUCUGAACUCCAUCACCCCUCCCUCUGAGACCACAUCCACAGGUGCCACCCCCCCUAUACUUCUGUCUCCUCUGUGAGAAUGUCAGCUGUUACACUCACACACAUACACACAUACUGAUACACACAUACACACACACACACACCUGAGACUGUGCUCGGGCUGUGAGGAGCUGAUAAAAGGCUCAGCACAAUAGGAGGGAGGUUGGAGGAAUAAAAGGAGGUCUGUCACUGAGCAGACACCCCCCCCCCCAAACCGAACACACACACACACACACGCACACGCACAGAUACACACACUGUUUCCUAUCCCACUGAUGGUGAUGCUCAGAGAUGUAGGACGCAAAGUCCACCACAGGGGAGAAAAUGUCAGAGCAUUCUUCUUCCUGUUUUCUUAAAGAGAAAAAGAAGUGAAGACAGAUACAAAAACAUGAAACAAUAAGAUAGAUGAACAGGUUAUAGAUGGACCAUAUGAACUGGAUAGUAAAUUUGAAUUGAAAUUUGGAUGGAUUUUAAAUGUUUGUAUGAUUCCAGUAUGUUAUCAAAGACAGGCUUUAGAGAUAUGGCCUCAUUUCCCUUCAAUCUAAAUCCUAAAUAAACAGACGAACUGGACAGGUGUCACGAAGGUCCAACAGGUUAGAGGAAUCUGGAUCAUCCUAGUUCAGUAUCUCACAAUGUUACUGUUGUUCUAAAUAUUCAUGCUGUCAUUUUGUUUAGUUGACUCUGCAUUGAAUUAUGGGUGUGAAUCUGUUUCGUACCAGUGAUUUAAUGCAUUGUCAUUUAAACCUAAUUACACAUUGUAACUCAGCUGUAUGAAAACGUAGAAUAAAGCUAGAGUUCAAGCAAACAUUAGAGAAGACAGGUAUGGAAAGAGAAAUAAAGCAAAUUUAACCAAAGAUAGUAAAAGAAAGUAUAAAGUAUAUUAUCCUGACUUUUUAUUGAUGUUUUUAAAUGUACUAGUUUAUUUAUGUUUAUAUGCAGUUUUUACUGACUGGUGUCUUCAAGUGUGUGACAGCAGGUGUUCUACCUGUGAAAAGACCUCAGCUGUAUCUGUAUGGAUUAAAAGAGAGCCAAAACAGUAUCUUUGCAGUGUGUGUUUCAAUGCACAUCUGUUUUAUUACACCCACAAUAUUACACCCACAAUUUACAAAGGGGAGGGUGCUGUGUCACAUGUUAAUAUCAACUGAUGUGAAGUAAAGUGAUUUAGAGCCCAUGCAGUGGUUUCCACUACAGAGCCAUUCCUGAUGAGCUGCUUGAAUGCUUGGAGAUCAUGACAGUCCUGCACUGGUUUUCAGCCCUGUUCCUUUUGUAUACAGAUGUCUCCACAUUCUCUGAAUCUUUGGUACGAUAGUCGAUAAACAUCCCCAAUAUGUAUCAUCUGAGGAACACUAUUCUGAAAUUGUUGAAGUAUUUGCAUUCAUAGGAUGGUGAACCCCUCCCCAUCUUCUGAAACACGGUCUCACUGGAAUAUCAUUUUUACACACAGUUAUGAUACUUUUCUGUUGCAAAUUAGCUUAAUUAUGUUACAGUGUUUCCUCCAGGUUAUAUACUUCCUUAAGCAUUACAGAACCUCUGAGUGUUUUGUUGUUCCUUUUCCAACUUUUCAAAAUAUGUUUCUGGCACCAUGCAAUCAUGUUUCACAAAAUUAAAAUAAAUAAAUAAAUAAAAGAUUUAUAUUCUGGCUUUUUUGCCUUUAUUUGGAGAGGAUAGGAUAGGAUAGUGGAGAGAGUAAGAGAAAUUUUCAGGCAGCACAGAGAUCUAACACUCAUGAGUUCAUGUCUUCAGAGUUUAAAAUUGCAGAAUAAUAUUUUUUAGUAAACUCUUAGCGAAGCAUCUUAUUUUGGAUAUCGGCAAAUAUCAACUUUGUAGAAUUAUUUCAAGAAUCUUUCGUCUUACAUCCAACUGGGCUACACACCUGUGGUGAUUUCUCACCUGUCGGGACUGGAGGGCUCUCUCUCAGGAAGCUUCUGUUUUUAUAUUUUCUAAGUUAUUUUGCUAUAAACUGUCUGCGUUUGAAUCUCCUCUGUACUUAAGGUCAUCCCUUAAAGCUGCAACUAUGAGUUCAGCAGACAUAGAUUCAUGAUGGAGGUGUUUUUAUGGUUCAUUUUAAUGCUACAUUUAUCAUGAAAUGUUUGUCACUGUCUUCUCUCUGUCUUUUUUUCCCCUCUUUCCUCCAGAUGGUGACAAGAACAAAGAAGAUCUUUGUUGGAGGAUUAUCAGCCAACACAGUAAUAGAGGAUGUGAAAGGGUACUUUGAACAGUUUGGAAAGGUAAGAGUGUGUGUUCGCACAUAUUAGGUGUGUGUGUGCGUGUCUGUGUGUUUUCUCCUCUGGACUGUGUGAGUGUGUUUGAACGCUCAGAGCUCUCUGAUCAGUUUUCAGCUGCUGUUUGAGCUCAGAUGUUUCUGGCUUGUCUCCCUGCUGUUGUUGCAGCUCUGUGUAAGCUUGGACAGGAAAGUGGAGGCUGAUAGGAUGUUGUAAGGCCUGGACGAAGAGGAGUUUAGUCCUUCAGUCAUCCCUAAGAAGUUUUUCCGUGUGUGGAGUUCAGACAGAUGUCCUGGAUGUGUGCAGAGUAACUGAGCUCAAAGGCUUGAUGCAGAGAGAAACUGCUAGCCCCCAGCUAUUGUCCAAAACGUCUGUCAAACCUUCCAUCUGUCUGUCUGUAGUUUUUGGGUGUAUGUGUGUGUUGAGCAGCAGACAUGGAUGCUGAGAGUCUGCUCAGCUUUGAUUAAUUUCUUGCCAAACUUUAUGGAAAAAAAAACACUUGGGGCAGUUGAAUUUCAGCAGAGGUCUAUGCACCUGCUGAAAAUUCCAGAGGGAAGAUCCAUGAGUGACACACACACAUACACACACAGCCUUAUGAUACAUACACUCUUAAAAACCCCUGGGUUAAAAACAGCCCAACUUGGGUUGUUUUUAACCCAGCACCAGGGUUGAAAAGGGGCCAAUUGGGUUAUUUUGACCCAGAAUGUUGGGUUCUUCAAAUAAACCCAAAUUUUGAGUUGACUCAGUAACUCUUUUUAAGGGUCAAGUUAACCCAAUGUUCGAGUUAAUUUGACUCGUGAUCUUGGCUUGAAUUGAUAUAUGCAUUUGGGGAGCUUUGCUUUUACAACCUGUACCGUCUGAGCCAGUAUGGCUUUCAUUGGUAAUCGACCAUGAUCUGAAAAAAUAAAUGGCGCAAUAAUCGCAGGACGAGAAAACGUCGCCGAUGUGAACGCUUGUAUUGACAGGAUACGGUUUCAAAAAAAAUAUUGACGUCCGAAAUUAUCGGACGAAAAAAAUGGUCUCGGUGUGAAAGGACCUUUACUCAAAAGAGACAGCCUUUGAAUAGGUCAUUUUCCUGCACGUGCACAGAGAACACAGAAUGAUUUCUUAUUUCCAUCCCAUGAGUUUUAAAGGUUAUGGUUGCAAAUUUUGCAUAAUCAGGGGCACAGCUGACUUGACUGACAAGGGGGCACACUGGAGCUGUUGGCAUGGAGGCUUAUGGACCACUUCAACUUUUCUUCUUUGCUUCAUGCCAAUUUAACUGAAAGUUGGAUUGAGUCAGCAUUUCCACUAAGGCGACCUCUGCCAAUAAUCUUUACAACUCAACUUCAGAAACCAAUUGGUGACUCACUGAGCUGCAAGUUCAUGAUUUAAACAGAGUGAAACUUUGGUAGUGCCAUGGCGACUAUAUUGCAAUACAAUAGGAUACAAAGCAAAAUUUGAAAAAUGCUUUAGCAUUUAUGCAUGAUUUGAUCACCAGCUAUUUUUUUCUCGGUUUUUUUUUUUUUUUUACCAGUACAUAACAUUUCUUUAUUGCAGUGUUGUUAGAUAAGCUCUUUCUGAAGUUCAUCUUUUUUGUUGUUUUGUGUCACCAGUCUGCAGUUUGGCUUUAUCUGCUUGGUAAAAGAUAAAAAAAAAAACCUCACAGGUAACAGCCUCUCGGCGUAUCAAGGUGUCAGGAGAUCGAAGGGGUCUAUAGAGAGAUGCACACUUAGGAAGCUGGAGGCUAUUCUGGGGAAUCAUGGAUCAUCCACUUCAUAACACCUUAAAUGACCUAAAUUCAUUGGUGUUGGACGGCUCCUGUCCCUUUGCUGCAGGACUGAUAGAUAUAGGAGAUGUUUUGUAUUCAGACUUGAGACUCCAGACAAAGGAAUUUCCAUGUGGGGAUAAAUACAGUUCGUGUAUUGUAUUGUACUUCAUCUGAGUGCAGUACAUGCACGCUUGUCUCCUCCUUAUUUGAUCCUCCUAUCUUCAUGUGACUCAAUUUUUUUUUGUACCAUGCAAGCCCAUCAUCCUUUGCUUGCUGCCUCUGAUGGAGUACAGCAAAAAUAGUGGACACGGGCAUAAGUGGUGCAGAAAGAUCAUUUUGUUAUUGCAGGGUUAGAUUUUAAUUUUGUUAUAUUCCUACUCAGAGGGAUAGUGAACAAGAUCCAUCAUCAGUAACCGCAGGAGCUUGUCUCAUUCAAGUCUCGAAAGUUGUGAUUAAAAUAAUCAAAUUUAUUCUUAAAUAUCAAUGAAGCUGAGUUAAUAUGAUGUCAUUCAUAGUUAUAGAACUAGAGUCCUUAAAAACAGGAUGUUAGAGCAGAGAUUUGUAAAAUACAUCCAUCUGUUUCAGUGUCUUGACUCUCUCGAUCUCACCUGGAGCUGUUCCCCUUGAGAAUCCUCCAGGCUCUUCCACAAAAAAAAAGAAAAUCCUGAUUCAGCGAUCUGAACACCUCUGUGGUUUUCUAAUAAAAGAUGAAACAAGGCUAAAGAGUGUUUUUCAGACACAGCGCUCUGGGAGGUGUGUUGGAUCUAUUCAGUGAGUUCUCCUCCUCACCUCCAUUAUUCCUCCUUCCCUCACUUUAACACCUCUCACAUUAUUAUCAUUCGGCCUCAGAGGUGGAACUAAAAUGUUUGCCCUCCACCUGCUCCGUGAGUUUUAUCUUUAAUCAGGUCAUUUGCUGCUUGAUUAGACGGCAGCCUCUCUCCCCACAUGUUGGAGAGUUAAUCUCUCUCAGUGAUGGCUCCUCUUCAUAAUUGCCCUUAAAGUCUGCAGAGAGCAGAGUCGUCUGAAGGAGAAUACCAUCAGACAUGGUUUAACCUGCACUUACUGAGGGGAUACUUUUUCAUACAUCCACAUCAGCCCUUAGAGUAAAUGAGUCACUCCAGAACAAGAUGAAGAUUUUUCUGUCAAACUGAGCCCCCAAGAGCAGAUUUAUUUACCUGUGAAGUUAAGUUAAGUUAUGUACUUGUGAUAUUAUAUUGUUCUGCUUAUUUUAACACAAACACAGGAAGAGGCUUAUCCAGUCAGUUCAGAACCUCUUAAGGUCCUUACACACCGGGACCGGCGCAAAUAUACGACGCGAAAUUACGAAAUAUUCGGAGGCGAAGUUUGACGCGCAUGACACUACACAUGAAGCCCGAUGCGAUUUUGCGACUUUCCAGGGGUGGGAUGCAUCCUGGGUGGAAGAAAAAAGACUGACUUUCAGCAACACGAAAUCCGAUUGGUCAGAAGUGGACACACAGUUUUUGAAACUUUCAAAAAUUUGACCGUGAUACCAAAAAAUAAAUGCCGCAAUAUCGCAGGACGGUAGCGACUGUCCUAACUGAGAAGCUGGCAACACUGUCUGUAUGUGCCCCAGAAACCCCACACAGAGGGCCUCUGGUGGUGAGGCAUCCACAGUCUUUAUCCACUUUGUGUUUGGUCAGUCAGUGGUCAGUUUCAGGACUGUUAGGUGAAAUAAAAGCCUAAUGGGUAACCAGGGGGUAAUCUCUGGUUGCAGUGUCUGCAGGUCACUGAGACAGAUCUCAUUUUCAGUAAUGACAGUCUGCUCUCUGUCAGACAGUGGUGAGGGUAACUUCAUAUGAUUACGUUCAGUUUAAAGAGUUCACCUCUCUCUCUGCAGCCUCGUGUUCUCUCAGUAAAUCGUUGCUUCUAAUUACUCGACACUUUAAAGUGCUCGUUCUCUCUCUGCUCUUUAACUGACUUUUACUUCAAGAAGCACAAUUAUGUUCGAGUACAUCUCCACUGCUUCUCUUUAAGUGACUGGGGUUCAGACGGUGAGAGAAUCUCUGCAGCACUUAUCCUGUCUUUAAUAAGCAGAGGAAAAAAAGGUGGGUCUAAUAUCCAAAGUGGUAUAAUAGCCAGUUUGAUUGUCUGAACUGUGACUUAAUUCACCUCUCAAAAUUGUAAGGGGAGUUGAGUAAAGGUAGCAGUUCCUUACAUCCCUGUGGUACAUGAGAAAAUCUUGGUGCUGAAUUCGGACUGAACUAGAUAUUAGAGCUUAUGAUACAACGGUAUACCAAUCCAGGUGUGAAACAGUGAACAGUUUUAGCCUCUGUUAGAGCCCUGCACUGUUUUCCUGAUCCCAUACCCUCUUCUGCUGGAUUACUGACUGUUGCCUUUUUAUGUCUUUGUUUUGUGUAAAAACAACUUUAAUAUUCUUUUCUGCAUCCUGAUUCAAUUCCUUGUUAGCACUUCGUGCAUCUGGGACCCAUAAGAAUUUUCUUGACUGCCUGUUUUCACCUCCAGCUCCUGAGAGAUUUGUGCUGGGUCCAGCGGGACAUGCAGAAUUCCAGCCUAGUAGUCUCUGGAGCUGACUCCUCUGUUCAUGAUGACAACUGAAUUGGGCUGAAAUUUUAUAGUAUAGUUUCAGUAGUAUUAAAGUUAUGAAUUAUGUAUGACUAGAGUUGUAACCUUUUUUACUGGCUACUCUUAGCCAGGUGGAGACGCACCUAUACGUUUAUUUAGGGUUGCAAAGGGGCGGAAAAUUUCCGGUAAAUUUCAAGAAACCUUACAUGGGAAGUUAAGCCUGGGGAAUUUAAAAAUAUUCCAAAUUGGAAACUUUUCAUGGGAAUUUAUGGGAAUUAUUAAAUUUAUGGGAAUAACUGGAAAUUGGGGGUAAUUUAAACAAACUGUAUCAUAUCCAAAUAUAAUGGAAUGGCAUGGUCUUCAAAAUAUUUUACAAUUGAAAUUAAUUAUUGUAUGAUUUCAGAAAACCGUCUUGGAGGAGUCAGAAGAAACAACAUCACAUUUUAGGUCGCUACCACCACCAUAAUAAGCUAGCCCUUUAAAUAGUCAAUGAAAUGAAAAAUAGCUUACAUUUAGCACCUAUUUUUAUUUGAUUUUUUUGCAAGUUAAAUAUUGAGACUAUUAUAGAUCAAAUAUAUUAACCCCAUAAUAUUAUCAAAACUUACUUGACUUUAUAUAGUCUGCGGGCUCAAAAAUCUUGUGCUCUGGGCUUAAAAGUGUGGCCUCCAGAUGGAGAUGGAGAAAUGCACAGUGCAUGUAGUGGGUGUGGCCUCAAUAGCCCUGCAGUACGUGCUGUGUGCAUGUGCUUGAGGAGUGGACUUGCAUUAACUCUGGUUGUUUUAGCCAAGAUUAUGCUACAACAUAUUUUCCCCAGCAAUAUUUAAGUUCCCUGUUGAGGGCCAACCUUCAAUUUUGUAAAUUUCUUAUUUAUUCCCAUUGAUUCCCAUAUAUACCCAUUGAUUCCCAAAUAUUCCCGUUAAUUCCCAUAUAUUCCCGUUAAUUCCCAUAUAUUCCCAUUAAUUCCCAUGGAAAGUUUUCAUCUUUGAAAAUUCCCGGAAUUUUUUAACUUUAUCUUAGAUUAGGUUGUUCUUUCUUUCUUUCUUUCUUUCCUUUUCUCUUUGGAAAUCAAUUCAGCUAUGACAUAUCCCAGUACCCCCAUAUUGUGAUAUGUGCAGGUUAUCCAGAACUGUGUCCAUACACAUCUGUGCAUUUGGUAACUGAACAGCUGGCUUAUCACCCACAUAAAUGGCUGAAUACUAAUUUGUGUUUUACCAAAAUCUCUGAGCAUUCAGUGGUUUUGUUAAACACAGUCUAAAACAUCAUUAAGCUUCGGGUACAAUUUGGAUAUCUCCCAAGUUAGGAGGAACACCCAAGUGGCAGCCUCUGGUCUGGAGAAAUGAAGCUUAUGCGCAAGUGCUGCAUUUGUAAAUAAUAACAGAUACAUUUCAGAGAUACAGUGCUUAGUACCGCCUACAGUUCCAAUUUCUACUGCUGUACCUGGAUAGUUUUUGCCUGCAGCACCGAUGGAGUCUGCCAGAGACAUCUGUCUUGUCCUGUAGCAACAGCACCUGACACUGUGCUCUACAGUUCUGUCCACCCCAUCAUAAAAACCUUGCAUGCACAUAUCACAAUAUGGGGGAUAUUGGGAUAUGACAUAGCUGAUUGAUUUUCACAGAGAAUGGAAAACGAGAAAGAAAGAGAAAAGAGAGAGAAAAGAAAGAAAAACCUAAUCUAAGAGCACCGGGAGCGUCACCACCAAAGGUGAGCUUGCUGCUGGCAAGAUCCCGGACCAGAACCCCUGCGAGUGGAUGGCCUUGCUCACACUACAACAGGGCACCAACAGGAGGUUGUGUCUAGCAAUGUGAGCGCCAAUGCUCACCUGAUCCACAUAAUUAAGGACACAUCCAUCCUUCAACCUCCUGAGGCCCCCGGCUGUCCACUACACUCCAGGGAUAGAGUGGACUGGCUCUGGUGGCUGGCAUGGGUCCUGUCCUUCAGCCUCUCCUGAGGCCCCGGCUCUCUGAAGCUGGGCCUGACGAUCGGGUAGUUUCCAACUUGGAAAAUUCCUGGAAUUUUGCAACCUAUGUUUAUUACUUCACCCAUUUCUAAUAUUCUUUCUUUAAUAUUAUUCUUUCUAAUAUGUAGGAAGUUAGUUGGAGUCAGCAUUUUUAAUGUGGUCACUGCAUCUUUGAGCUUCUUUGGGCAGAAACGGAUUGGUCAAUACUACUGAGACUAUGACUAGGCUUCAUUUAGGUUAUGGAUCACCGGGGCUGUUUGAUUACAUUAUCAACUUGGUUAGAGUUGAAGACCAGGACAAUUAAGGGGCAUUUAAACUUGGUCUUUUCCUGCUUUUGCUAAAGGAAAAAGUUUUAGUGAAUAGAGACAUCAUUCUACAUUUGAAAUAAUACACUUUUGGUAAAAUCCGCCGGAGGGUUAGGUUUAUGAAAGUGCAUGAUUGUAAACCAGUAAUCAGUAUUACCAUUAAAUAGACUCAAACAAGUGUGUGUCCUAGCACCACUGCAGAGUCUGUAAGUGGCAGUUUCAUAUCUGUCAAGAUCAGUGACAAAGGGAGGAAAGCUGCCAUGGUUCUUUGUUGGGCUUUUCAGCACCAUACAAGGAUUGAUUGUGUCUGUUGGUAAUCUGCAGACAAGCUCUUUUCUUUGAGCUGUCUCUCCAGUGUUCUUUGGGCAAAGUUGGUACUGAAAGUUGGGUGUUGUGUGGCCCCUCUUAACUUUACACUGUCAAGUAGCCCCUCUGAACUUUAUACUGCAACAUACUCAUAAAUGAGGCACUUUGGAGUUGACGGUUAAACAAUUCAAUAUUCCACAGCCCUAUCAAUGUUAAGCUGCCAGUCUGCUUUGCUUUUGUAUGGAUGACAUUUUAAAAGCUGGACUAUUUGGCUUGGCCCCAAUCUAUUGACUGUUUCUAUCAAAGUGUGCUCUGACCAGGACUGCACUCGACAACUCUAGACAAUGACGGGAAUAGAGGAAGAUGAGCUGGCUACUUUUGUUAUGAUUGCUGUUCAGUCAUGUCCGCAUGGAUUCAUGUGCUCUACUUGGUUGUAGGCCAAUCUGAGGCUGUGGCUGGAUUUGGCCCAGGGGGCUGGGUCUACACUCUUUUUUUACACUCAGUUUGAAUCAUACCGAGCGAGUGAAUCUCUGUGUAUAUGUGAGUGUGUGCGCCUGUGUGUGUCAGCCUCUCCACAGCUGUAUGAGAGCUCUCCUUCCUCAUCAAACCUUAUUGUGUCUGACAGAGAGCUUUGAUGGAUCCAAACAUAAGCAGCUGUUCAGAGCAAGAGGAGACUGAAUCACAUUUAGCAGCAGCUACAGCUGCUCACACUCCACUCUCUUUCUUUCUCUCUCACUCUCUUGCUCUGUUGCUCUGUGAACCGAAUGGACCAACUGGUGACUGUUUUAAUUUCACAUCAGUGUUCGCAGACUUUCACCAGAACAAAUUUUUCAUAAUGAUGACAGAGAGUCUCACAGGAGCCUUGCCUAUUUCUUCAGAGAAACACGGCUCCUGGAUUAACCUCUCUUUGUGUACAGUCAGCUUUGAUCUGCAGCUGAGAGAGAGAGAGAGAGAGAGAGAGAGAGAGAGAGAGAGAGAGAGAGAGAGAGAGAGAGAGAGAGAGAGAGAGAGAGAGAGAGAGAGAGAGAGAGAGAGAGAGAGAGAGAGAGAGAGAGAGAGAGAGAGAGAGAGAGAGUGUGUGUGUUUGGUGUAUGUGUGCACAAUUUACAAUUAAAUAUGAAGUUAAAAACUGAAACCAUGCAAAUCAUCAAAUUCUGUUAUUAAUAGUCCCACCUUUUUCAAAUCAGGGUUUUAUGCAGUCUAUGAAGCAGAUUAUUAUAGGACAUAUCAGAUGACAGAUUGGCACACAGUGUCAUGUGAGGCACAUGCUAAUGGGCUACAAUAUGCAUAUAAUGAACACAUAGCCAUCAAAAAUACAAAAACAAACAAAGAACAGGAUUAAAAAAAGAGGGAAAAUGGCACCAAAAUAUAGUCCCAUGAACAGCACGAUAUGAUUUAGUCUGUGAGGAGUGCAGGUCCCAAUAAAAGGCUUCCCCAGCUGACAAGUGCUGUCAGAUAAGUUGGUUUAUUGACAUGAAACUUCUAUAAAGAACUUACAGUUUGUGUCAUUCUUGGCGCCCCAUGUGGACAAAACACUCCUUGCUUAUCUUGUCAUUUACAUAAUCAACUAGUGUCUGACCAAAAAAUCUCAUUCUGCAUUAAAAAUUACAUUAGAGAAACUGUCAAUCCCGUUGCUACUGGUCCUGUUUGCUUCAUCAUUAUCAACAUAAAUUCCAUGUUAUUUCAUAAAUUAAAAAAAACUCAUUACAGGACUGGAAAUUUUGUGUGUGAUAUUGACAAUAAACAUUACCCCAAUGAUUUGUGGGAUUUUGCCGAUACUAUGCGAUGCUACGAUGCUUUGGACUGCUGACAAAGCUGCAGUAUGAAACUGACCAGGUGAGAGGACAGGUAGUAAUCAUUAGCCUCAAUGUCAGCUUCCUGUUAUGCUGUCAGAGGCUUUACUUGUAGCAGAAUACCCACAAUGCAUCUCUGCAGCUUAGCAUCGUCUUCCAUCCAGCUGCCCCAUCACCCCCAUAUCUCGACUCUACUGUUUCCACAUCUCACUAUUCCAUCUCUCAGACACACACACACACACACACACACACACACUGACAUCAUUUCAUCUCUUUCUCUCUCUGACAUCCCGGCCGUCACGCCUCCCCUCUCUGGGCUGAGCCAGAUAAGCAGGUAAUUCAUCAUCUCAGUGAAAGCUGCACACAUGUACACACACACACACACACACACACACACACACACACACACACACUCUCUUAUCAGCUCUUCAGGAGGACCGUGGCAAGCUCACACCGGGUCUCCGUCUGAAAAUGGCCUCCGAGCGCCACAUUACCAUGACAACAUUCAAAUUAUCCCCCCAAUGACAAGAGGCAAAUUAAUAUAUUUCCCAUCAUCCCUCUGUGCCUGCAGCCCUCAAUUUGUGCUUCUAUUAUUGGUGGAGAGACAGAACGGUUAAAGUGAUCCCCGGCUGUGCGAGGGAGGCCUUUAUAAAUGCAAAUUACCCACGAUGCCUUUCUGUGAGCUGAACAAUGCAGAGAAAGAGACAGUGUGUCUGUAUGAAGUGAUACAGCUUCACUUUUUCUCUCCGCCGCUUGUCUUUUAUUUACAGCAGGAACAGCACAUCUAUUCAGUCGCACAAUAAAACACAAUCAGACAGAAAUAUGACAGAAACCAGCCCGCACAUUCAGAGAGAGUCGCAGGAAUAACUGAGUCAGGAUGAAGAGGAAACAAUGAUGAAGAUAGGAUGAUGAUUGCAGCUGGGGAGCGGUUUGCUAAAGAAACAGAAGAUGAUUUUAUUUCCCCUCAGAGUAAAGUAAAACCUCAGAAGAGCCGUGUGUUUGACAGUUGAAGAGUUUGAAACUGUUUCACAAUAAAAGCAGAUAGUGAUCAUGAACCUGCAAUCUGGGGAGGAGUGUCAGGAAGGGAAAGAAAUGAGUCAGAUAUCUCUGUGUGGGUCCAGAACAAAGUCACAUGGAUUUACAAGGAUAUAUUUUUGUGGUGUUAAUAAUAAGGCACUGUUUGAUACAAUUUCAACUAUAGUGGAGCAGAUAAGUGACGUAAUCGUUCAGUUGGUGAUACAAGCAUUGUAUCAAAAUUGGCAUGAGCAUUCUUCGUGGGUCACUUUACCAGAAAAGUGUACUGAAAGAGCAUGACACAUAUGUGGCUUAUGAGGCUAGAUAUGUGUGGGGACGGGCAUUUAAGCAAAGCCAGAAAUGCCAAGCCCAUCUGACUGGGGAUGGAUAAAAGAAGAUGACGAAUGGAGAAUCUUUUGGACUCCUCUUCCUCUUGUUGCAGAGAGUUCUUGAGAGUUGACCAAAUGUGGGUGCACCAAGGAUUGUACUGGACAAUGCAAGUGCUUCAAAUAUGGACUCACUUGCACAUGUCUAUGUAGUUGCUCCCUUGUGACUGUUACCUUGUUGUGGUAAGGGAGCUUGCAUACUUCCGUGAAUCCUAAGAGCUAUGCCAUUGGAAGGCAACUCCUGGCAGGUUUUACCAAAUUGGACAGGUCAAGGGCGAGGAGUUGGACAAAACACAGUCAAGCAUUUUCUUGUAAAGUGACUUGUGGAAAAUGGUCUUGCCAAUUUUCGUGUUUAUAUCACCAAGUUUACAUGAUAUUACUGCUGUAAUGAGACGGUGGCCAUCUUUUAAAUGGCCGCCAAAGGGAAAUUUCAAGAUGCUUGGGGCACUUUCUUGUUAAGUGACUCAUGAAGACUGUUCAUACCAAUUUUCACAAGUAUAUCACCUAAUUGUUCCACUUAGGUAGCAGCCAUCUUGAAAAAUGGAAGCCAUCUUGAAAUUUGAAAUGGCUGGGACACUUUUUUACUGAAGUGACCCAUGGAGAAUGUUCAUGCCAAUUUUCAUUCUUGUACAACCGACUGAAUGAUUCUGGCUAAAAUUUGUACUUGGCCGCUGUGCUACUAGAGCACCUCAAUAACAGCAAAAAAAACGAAACGUGAUCAUCUUGAUUGACAUUGCUAUUACAAUAAUAAGAAACAAUUACCAGUUAUUUGACAUCUGCAUCACAUGCAUUUACGCAACUUAAGCUUCAAAGACAAGGUAAGCGAAGGCUGCUUUGUUGACAGGGGCCGCCAAAAAAGACACAAGUCACAAGUUCCUCACAGGAGUUUUAAGCAGAAUGUAGAGGGCGUUGGUGUGUGAUGGUAGGGGCCUGGGGGUCCUCUCACUGUAAAAUUUAGUCAACAUAUUUUUUUUACUGUAAUCCUGAUGAUUUUUGAGUACUAAAUUCAUUUGGAAGGCAAUGCAACAACAGCUAGUUCACCCUUGUAUGAAAAAAGAGCUUCAUCCAGUUAAAAAUGUGGUGCCAUAUAUCAUCUUGUUUUUAAAUGAAUUGAUUCACUGAAGACAUAAUACAGAGUCCAGUCAAUCUUUCAAGGCUGCAUGUAUUCCAAGAAAGGUUUGGGGUUCUGGUGAAUCUGGACAGAAGAAUACUUGUGGACUUCAACCAACCUUGACAAAUACCAAAUCCAGCAGCCAUUUCCCCGCAUUUACUCUAUUCUGUCUAAACACAAUUUAAUGGUUGUAUGAGUUUGUUUUUAAAGGCUCAAGCAUAAGCCCAAAGAACAAAAAAAAGAUGUUUCUGGACUGUAGUGUUAAAGGGAAAAUAUCAACAAGCAGUGUUAAAGGGAACUUUUUAACAGAAGACACGUUUGAGUUGGUUAUCUGCAUAUUUCUGCACUCUGAUGAUCCACGCUGAGCAAUUCACCGCCGAGUGCUGACAUUCAGAUUCCAUAUGUGACUGUGUGUGUGCGCGUAUGUGUGUGUAUGUGAGUGUUAUCAGAGAGAAGGAGCUGAGACUUUCUCUCUGCACCUGCUGCUCUUCAUCACAGCUCUGAUGAUGAUUGACAGCUGGGACAGAUCCAGACCUCCCUAGAGAGAAACCUGUUUUCUGCUGAAAGCCUCACGGGGCUGACAGCUCCAGGGAGAGACAAAUUGAGCAACCUGACCUCCGUGAAGACUGUGGAAUGAUCACACCUGCUCCCAGCCCCAGGUUUCUUGAAAACAAGGUUCAAACUUGAUUUGAAAUAAUGGAUACUUUCCCCUUUGUAGUAUGCAGAAGACCAUUUUGUUGUUGAACAGAACAACCCUGCAUCAUCCAUAAAGGCGGGACAUUUUAUUUUCUUUGUUUGGCCAUUGCUUGAAUCAAAUAUGAAAUAAAACAGACAAGAAAGAGUUCGAAAGAGAUAUAAAUUAUAAAAAAAACUUAAAUAUUAUGAAAUACAAAUUUGUGCAGCAUCAGUUGUGUCUGAACUGAGUUUCCUCUGCAGGGUAUCUGGGCUCAGACCCAUGCAGAGUGAGGAGUUUAGAUGGUAGCUCACAGGUAGCUCACAGGAAAGCAAAGCAACCCAACCCAACCACUCCUUCCAUCAAAAGGAUUCAGUUCCAGUGGUUCAUCAUCUGGUUGUGAUUCUCCUGGGCAGCUCUCUUGUUUGUUUGUUUUUUUGGUCCAAUUUCCUUGGAGGAGAUCUGGUGAGAGGGAAUUUUAUAUUCUGUCUGGUUUGGUAACACCUCAGGAUCCUCAUUGUUGGCUAGAAGAACAUCUGCACUGAGAUUUUUGAUGUGCUGCCACAUUGAAUCGGCCCAGGUCAGGGUUAAAAAUAGAAGAAUGAGCAGGUUCCUGAGCAGGUGUGAAAACCUGAGCUCAAUCAGACAGUGAAGUCUUUGGAAGUGAAAAUGAGAUUUGAAAAGCAACACCUGAUAUGUUUGAUGGUCUGUGGAGAGUUUGGAGUAUUUAUUGUCAGCAGGUGAAAUCUGAGACAUUCAUGUAUUUCAAAGUUUGAAGUGACCUCUCAUCACUACAGCCUGCCUUUUAUAACGAUGGUGUUUUAAAAUAAGACUCUUCAUCUGGCCAGAGGAGGAUGAGGAUGAAGCAGUCAGCAGAGGUAUGGAGAGUUUAGAUAAACCGCUCCUCAGAGGUUCAGUCAGUCUGUUUUUAUCUGCUGUGCUCUAAUCUCUUCUGUUUAAAUCUAAAGAUGUUGAUAACAAUCUGUUUGCAUCAGCUGGCUGCAGGUGUAUCUCACUGUCACAGAUACUCUACACUGCGUACUUUACUUUCUUCACACACAAGGCAGAGAGCAUGAUGGGUAUGGGAACACUCCAUCAGCUCUGUGGACAGAUCACUCUUUAAAUUCAAGUCCUUUCAAAAGUGAGAAAAAGAGAAUUUCCUGUAAACCAAAAUGAUUUGAUAAGUAAUCUACUCUCACCAGCCAAUUUAUUAGCUACACCUUGCUAGUACGGAGUUGGACCCCAUUUUGCCCUCACAACUGCUUUAAUUUUCCCUGACAUACUUUUAGGUGUUGGCGACAUUUAACAGAGAUUUUUGUCCAUAUUAACAUGAGAGCAUCACGCAGGUGCUGCAGAUUUGUCAGCUGCGCAUCAAUGAUCCGAAUCUCCUGUUCCAUCACAUCCCAAAGGUUCUCUAUUAGACUGAGAUCUGGUGACUGUGAAGGCCACUGGAGUAAAGUAAACUCAAUGUCAUGUUCAAGAAACUAGUUUGGCCUAGACCUUGAGUGUGCCAAGGAAAUAUCCCUUACAUUGUUACACCACCACCACCAAGGCAGGAUGGAUCCAUGCUUUUAUGUUGUUUGCACUAAAUUCUGACUCCACCAUUUGAAUGUUGCAGCUGAAAUCAAGACUUCUUAGACCAGAUAACUUUAUUCCAACCUUCUUUUGUCCAAUUCUGGUGAGCCUGUGUGAGUUGUAGCCUCAGUUUCCUGUUCUUAACUCACAGGAGUGACACCUGGUGUGGUCUACUGCAGCUGUAGCCCAUCUGCUUAAAGGUUCAAUGUGUUGUGUGUGCAGAAAUGAUAUUCUGCAUACCUUGGUUGUAAUGAGCAGUUAUUUGACUUACUGUUGCCUUCUAUCAACUAGUCUGCCUAUUGUCCUCCACCCUCUGACAUCAACAAGGCAUUUUUAUCCACACAACUGCUGCUCACUGAAUAUUUUCUCUUUUUCAGACCAUUUUCUAUUUUUUCAUAUUGUCUGAUCUUGAUUAUUAUCACGAUUAUUUUUAUAUUUUUUUAAACUGCCAGUUUUAAAGCAUUAUUAAUAUAUUUUUUCCCCUUGGGGAUGAUGAAGACGCCUUAAAAUGUAAACAUUAGAUGAUAAAUAUAGAUGAUACGAUUGAUUGCUGCUUCGGUCUGGUGGUUAGUUGUGGCUAAACUGCUAAUGCCACUCAUGCCGUCUGCAGUGGAAGGCUUCGCUCACAUUUUCAUGCUUUCUGCAUAAUCACCCGGGAAGUUCUUCUUCAAAUGAUUAAACGGAUCUGUUGAAAGGUCUCUCCAAAGAAAUAAUGGAUUUCUUCUUUUAUUAAAGGAUCCCACAAAGGGUGAGACUUCAGCUCUCAUGAGUAAAAACUGAAAUUCAAGUGAUUGAACGUGGAGUCAGUUUGCCUUGUCUGUAUCACAUAUAAAUUGUGUAGCUAAUUGGUCACCAAAAGUUUUCAUCACACAAAUCUGGUUCACUGUGAACAGUACUGACCUGAGGGAUCCUCAGCUGCCUUGGCUGCAACAGUGCAAUAUGUUGAAGCCUGUCCAGGCGUUUUAUCGGCUUCACAUCUCACAAUGAGUGGGAAUAUUGGCACCUUGUCCAUGCUAUGUAAAGUCAAUUGUGUCAGAUAACAAUGUCAAGUUGUGUGUUGAUGUGAGAGCCGCUGAAUCUGACAGUCUGUGACAUGUUUUAUAUUUUCAAGGCAGAUUUUUAACUCUGGUGUUAACGGGUAUUUUUAUGUCCUGGCAUUACAGAAGAUCUUUUGUUUGAUGGAUCUGUUUGGACUGGAACAAACAAACCUACCAAACUCUUUCCUCAACACUUCACACAACAAUAGACCCCUACAUGGUUUGUGUUAGUUGCGUGAUGUGUUCAGACAUCGGCACAUACACUCACACUAAUGUGAAUGAGUCAAUAGAGUGACACAGAUUUUCCAGUGUUCUUUCUUAUAAACCUGCUGAGGUCCACCUGUGCAGUGACAAUGAUGUAUCCUGACAUGUCACCAGGUGUUAACAGGAGUUUGAGUUUGACACACUUGUUUUGUUCCAACCAAAUCACCAAGCUGUGUCUUCAUUCAGGGGCUGCAUCCCAAAAAGGGCCCUUCUCGUUUGUAUCCUGAAGAGACUGUUAAAGCAGAUCUGAAACAAGAUGGUCGGGUCUAGGAUGGAUUUCUUGUUGAAGUCAUCAUUUAUUUUGACCCUGUUUGCCAUUCUCCUCACCAAGCAAAUUGAACAACCUGAACCAGCUGACAUCACAGGGCCUCCUUUUUUAAACAUAUCAGUUUCCCAGCCAGAUUUAGUGAAAACCAAAUGCUCACAUUUAAUAGUGCUUGACUUGUCUGCUCAAGUCAACCAUGUCAUCUGAACUGGCACUCUGUGACUCUUGGGAUAUUUUAGGGAUCCUGGAUGCUCCUCAUAGUCGUACUAAUAAUUAUAAUGAUAGUACAUUUUAUUUUUAUAGCAUUUUUCAUGGCACUCAGAGAAACUUUACAUGGAAGAAAACACAGUAGUAAAUAGGAUAAAAACACAUUACAAAGAAAGGCUAAAGUACAGUCACAUCAAUGAUUAAAAGCAGAUUUAAACGGGUGGGUUUUGACGAGGGAUUUAAACUUUGAUAUAUCACUACAGUCCCAGAUGUGUUUGGGGAGAGAGUUCCAGAAGGAGGGGGCAGCUCCCCCCAGGUUCGGCGUGUGGUCCUCAGAGCAGAGGUGAGGAAGUUAGAGCCUGUGGAUUGGAGGGUGUGGGGAGGAGUGUUGGGGAGAAGCAUGUCAGUGACGUAAGAGGGAACCUGAUUAUGGAGGGCUUUGAAGGUGAGGAGAAGCAUUUUUAACUGAAUGCAUUGGUGAACAGGAAGCCAAAGGAGGUUUUGGAGGACUGGUGGGAUGUGGUCGUGUGAACGUGUGUGGUUGAGGAGGCGAGUGGCAGAGUUUUGCAUGUAAUGUGAUUUAUUGAUCAUUUUUUAAUACCAUACAAGAGACUAUUGCAGUGAUCAACUAUAGAUGUGAUUAAAGCAUGGAUCAGGGUUUUAAAUUGCAGAGAAGGAGAGUGAAGGUUGGAGAUGGGCGAUAUUUUUGAGGUGAAGUAAUGCAGCAGUAACAUGCAACAGUAUGUAAUAUAUAUCCUUUAGCAUGUCAGAGAAGAAACCUUUGAAAUGGGGCAGCCUUGUCAAACCACUGUGAUGCAACAGCUCUUGAAAUUUGUCUUCUAAACUCUUCAAAAAGGACAUGGCUAUAUCUUGUGUUAACAUGGUUGUGUAGUUAAGCCCUCGUUUGACUCAGCAGUUAGAGUAUGUGCUCCAUGUUGCUUGUUUUCUACUUUUUUUUUUUUGCAGGGAACCAAGAGUAGAGCUGGGAUUUCAACAUGUCACCUUUCUUUUUCUUUCUCCAGGUGGAGGACGCCAUGUUGAUGUUUGACAAAACCACCAACAGACACAGAGGUGAGAGUGCAGCCCGUGUCCUAAUACUAAUUUUGAUCAAUAGACACCACUGCUGUUAAGGUGUUGCCCCUGUAUCACAAGAAGUAUACAAGAUCAUGCUGCCCUAAUCACACUCACACACUUUUGGUUACCACAGCAACAGCUAAACCAGGAAGUAAAUGUCCUCCAAGAUUUGUUCCCCCUGAAGGUCGGCUCAUUGUUCAUCACAGAUAACUUUCACUGAGACACCGAUCUAUACUGAACCUGUCCCCUUAUCAUACUGAUUCUCCACACUGUGACUGACACACACACACACACACACACACACACACACAGCCGAACACACAUUUAUUUCACCAAUCACUUUAAUUAGCCUCGUUUCCCCUUCAGCCAUUUUGUCCCUCCGAUAUGUCGAUAUAGAUCUGCUCUGACAUUCUGCUGAUAGGGGUGAUGGAAGAGGAAGGAGGAAGAGGAGGAGGAGGGAGGAGGAGGGGUCAGGUGAGAGAGAACAGGUAGAAAAAUAAAAAGUGCCCCCCUCUUAGUUAAAUAGAAGGCCUCAGACUGAAGGAUGGAGGUGUGUUAGAUAGAGGUGUGUGUGUGGUCUGAUAAGGUUCAGAGAGCUGAUGCUGCACAGAGACGGAGGCAGCGUGAUGGUUAUCUCCACCAAGCCCUUAUCUUAGGGCCUUAUCUGUGGCUUUAGCAGUCCACCCUCCACCUCCUACAAGCACACACACAAACACACACACACAAACACACACACACACACACACACACACACACACACACACACACACACACACACACACACACACACACACAGAGGGCUUAACAAAGAGACAGAAGACGUGAUAUUGUCUGUCUUUAGCUAUGUUUUAAACAGACAGAUUUCCUGCUUGAAACAAAAAGUUAUAAAAAAUAAGAAGUAAAGACAUUAUUGGAGUUUGUUUCUCAUAUUCAUAUUUACUUUUGUAAUAAUUCAGGCUGCCAGCGUAUGCGCAUAUAACAGGAUGAGAUCAAAGGUCCCAAAUUAACAAGAUUUUUGGUUUAUUCCAGAAUUUUAAAGACACUGUUGUUUUUUUGGCAUUAAUGUAAUGUAAAUGAUACAUUUAUAAAGCAUUAGGCUCUGCUCAUUACACUUCAUAGCUAUAAUUAGUAUGGAUGUUUGUAAUCACUCAUAAGAAUUUCUGUUAAGCCUUAUAAAUGCAUUUAUAAUACUUGAAAUGUGCUAAUAAUAUAUUAUAGCUGGUGGGUUUAUUUAAAGUGUUGCCAAAGUUCCCAAAAAUACAAGCCUGAAAGUCCUGAAAUUUUAGCCCAGCUAAAAUCCACAAUAGUUUGGAAAGCGUGUGAGAUUCUAAAAUUAUCCAAACAUUGGCAUUUUACAGUUUCAAGUCAAAUUUCUUGAGACUUACAUAUUUUUUUACACUUAACGAUGAUCAACUUGUUUCCUUUAAACGACGCUUCUGACCUCUCAGUCUGACCUCUGCUGGGAUCUCAGCAUGACUCGUAGGCUCCCUGUCACAUGCUGCAGAUUUCCCCAUUACCCUCUCCCAACUGUGCGUGUUUGAGUGUGUGUGCGUGUGUGUGCAUGUGUGUGUGACUUACUGCUGAAAUCACUGCUAUAAAUAAUCUAUGUGUGGUAAUAACCAGCUGUGUCUGACCUCGACUCCUCCAGGUCUGUGUCCGGUAAUGACUUCAUAGCUGUCUGUGAUUGGUUCAUGUUUUAUUGAGACGCCUACUGCUUCAGAGCGCAAUACAGUAGGAGGCAGAUUUCAGGAGAGACCACAACUUCUCUUUCAUCUGUAUUUAGAUUUCACCAUUGAUCUGUUGGCUUUUCUCAAACAUUAAUUAGACAGAAGAAAAAGAAUUACCUUCCUACAGUUUGGCUCAGAGGUCUAUGUCUGGACCAUCUCUCUGUUUUCCAAUCAGGCAGAGCUGACACCCCUGUUCCUAAUCUCGGCUUUUGUCCUGGAGCAAAGAAACCUGGGUACAAAAAUUAUGUAUUGACUUAGAUUUAAAGAAAAAAGGAUAGUUUGAGCGAAAUCUCCAUAGUUUAAGACACUAGACAACACUGACGAAAAGAGGAAUUUAACCUUUAACACAGGUCUGACUGCUCUACCUCAGGUGGUAGUUUUAGUUUGUGUUUACCUCAGUGUGUGAAGUUUAAGUCUGGAACAAGUGAUGGGAACUUCUCAGUGAACUCAGACCAAGAGUUUCAGUGUCGGUUUACUGAUUGACCCAAAGGCUCAAGAUCACUAGAGGGCUCCUUUCAGUCUCCUUUCAGAAUGUAACCCAGAUAGUGAAUUCUGCUGCUUGGUCCAAUUAAUGCCUUUGUGGGCGCUGCUCUCUCAGAGUACUACCACAUAUUGGAAAACCAGUUAAAUGUGAAAAUGUGGCAUCCCCACAUUGUGACCAUUGACUUUUCUUUCCCAUAUUUGGAUUAAUUAUUUGUUUGCCCCCCUGAAGUCGGAUUUCCAACUCGGAAAGUCGGACAAUCCUCGCCAACUCUGACUUCAUGACAACGUCAUAAUCAAAGAUGGCAGCGCAGUGCAUCAACAGUAAACAGUAACAGUAAAAGCUCUCGUAAUGUAUUAUUUAUUAGAGCUUCUGUUUAGUUUUUGUGAAAUUAAAUAAGUGGUAUAUCUUGUACUGCCCAACGUCUAACUGUGAACACGGUGCUAUGGUGUUUGCAAGAGUAAAUACUGUGUUAUGCUUUGGCCAACAACAGCUAACAACCGCUAACAACAACUGAUAACAGCUAACAACAGCUGACAAUUGUAAACAAUAGCUAACAACGGCUAACAGUAGACAUCCAUCUUGGUUUUCCUACUUGUUCACUGGAACACCAUCAACUCGGGUGUAAUGUCAUUCCCAGCUCCGACAUCCAACUUCCGAGGUCACUGGAACACAGCACUAGUCUUUCCUUUUUAAAAAUUUCAACUCUGUUCUUGAAUAUUGGCCUUUUUUUCUUUAAGUGCAUAAAUAUAAUAAUAAUAAUAAUGAUAAAAAACGUCAUCUUCCCUUUCUCGUGUUUUUCCCUCAUUCCUAGAGCACUUCUCUAUAUACAUUAUAGAGUUCCCACUAGCCUGCUGUGAAACAACCCCUCUCUUAGUAUUUGGACCUCAGCUCCUUUUCAGCAACCUCAGCCCCUCCAGCACUGAGACACUCCUCGUCCUUAACGACAACCUUGAAGGAUAUUUUCUCUAACAGGCAGCCGCUGCCUCCCUUCACUCUCUCCAAGUAUUGAUAACCUCCUUUCCAAUGAACCUAAUUACAGCUGCCAAACACAGCGCCUCCUCUAAUGGAUCUCCCCAAGGGCGAGGUGAUGAACACUCAGCUUCAUCCUCUUCAUCUCUCUUAGCUCGUCUCCUCCGCCCAAGCUCUGGACAGAGGCUUGAAGGGGGUAAUUAAAACACAGAGUUGUUCUCGAGGAGCGUGUCAGGACUCGUCUGUCUGACCGCUGCUGCUUGGCAGGCCGCGGGGCCUCGGGAUGACCCGUUUGUCGUCUUAUUAACUCGUCCAGAAAGAGAAAGUGGCAGAUGGAGAGAUGGAGGUCAACAACACAGAGGCUGAAGGAGUGAAACAUGAGGAAGACAAACAGAGAGGCAGAGUGCAGCCUGCUGCAAAGAGGGGAGGGUGUGUGUGAAGUGAACACACACACGCACACACAAAAAUGUUUGUGUCUGUUAUGUGAGACUGAUGAAGAUGCUGCACUGAGCGGCUUGUUUUCACCUUAAAGGCCAACACAUUCAGCUAGUGUUUCAUUAACAUAACAAGGACGUUAUUUUAAUGGAUGCAUUUCCAAAGUGUUCAUAAGUCUUCAUAUUUUGUGUGCAGAGUGCAGUGCUGGAGGUUAAUGAGAGUUGCUCUCCAGGGUUUCUGCUGCUGGAGGGAGUGAAUAUAAACUAUGUUGGGUUGUGCAAGAAGGAGGGAUGAGUCAGAAAAGAGAGGAGAGAAAACUAGCACCCGACUAUAUUAACUCUCCAAGUCACUGUUGAUAUUUUUGAUGGCAUUUUUACUUCUCUCUGCUCAGCCUCAAAUCCUCAGGUAAAUCAGUGAAAACAACAAAGGUUUUUGAUGGUGCUGGGUGUGACACUGCGUUUAUAUUUGACAAGCUAGGAUGAAAAUGAGUCCUGUACUUGAGUUGACAGUCACAAACAUCUCUGCAACAGCAUGAAUUUUGUGGAGUUUUUUAUUUUGUUUUAGUCUGAGUCAUUCUCUCUUUUUGUUUAUAUCAAGAUUCAGUCAGAUGAACUCAGAGUUAAUUUUAGUCUUAGUCAGAAUUCUCUCACAGUCUUAAGAUAGCUGUUAAAGAAAGAUAUCUCUCCUGGUUGUGAAAAGCUGUGUUAAAAAAAGAAUAUCUGACUAUGUUGGUCAUUUUGGCUGAAAAUGUGUUUCUUACUGAUGGUGCGUUCAAAACAACACGAAUAAAAUAAUUCUUGCGAGUGAAUUAAAUGUAAAGUCAAUGUAAGACACGAUGUCGGGCAAUGCAAAUGACGCAAAGUCGGAUUGUAGAAGUAAAGUAAAGGUGGAGGUGUACUGUGAGGUAGCUUGGCUCUGUAAGUUGAAAUUCACAGAAGUAGUGUGGUUUUCUUAUUGCCAAGGUGUUGUGUUUAUCUUUUCUACCUUGCCUACUAAACAUUCAAAACAUUCAGUCUAGAGAGUUACUGUGUGUCCAUGAAGCCGGUCAUCAUGCAUCCUUGUUAAGUACCUUGACAGACACAGCAGGGUGCUUCGUUUUCAGGUGUCCUCCUUUGUCCUCUCAUCUGGUAACCACAAGGCACUCCCCUUUAGUUGAGGAUGAUAUACUCGGUCUAGUCUUUGAUGAAACUUGUCCACAACUGAUCCGUUUUCUUCCUCCCCCCAGUAUUCUCCAAUACUAACUGAACAACACUCAUGUUGUGUUUUUGUGGAGGUAGAGAUCUUCUUGUGUUAAAAGGUCAGAUAAGAUUUCUUCAACAAAAAAGACUUACGGUACAUCUGUCUUCUAACACUUUAAGUUUGUCAUUUAUUUAUAUCUUGUACAUCUUCUCAUCAAUUGAAUUCUUCUGAAGGAUCAUCAGGGCCUUUAAAAAUCUGUGAAACUGUGUAAAUAUUUCUUAUCUUCAGGCUACAUGCUGUAAAUUCUCACAGCUUAUGUUGUCCUGUGAAGAGGGUCUGUCAGGUCUUUUAAACUCCUGCUGUAUACUCUAUCUCUGAUAGGAUCCCAUCCAGAACUAAAUUUUCAGCAUUCUAUGAGAGACUCAGAGUUUUCCCUCUGUUUCGUCAGCUCUGGUGUUUGUCGAGGAUUUCUGGCAUCAAGCUGUGACUUUGUCACCUUGAGCUUCGCUCUUUGGUUCUGGUCCAACCUGUCACUUAAUCAGAGCGGCUCUGUUCCUGUUGCUCAUUGAUCGCUGGAGGGACAUUUUCCAGAUAAGUGAAUCGCCCAAACAGGAGUUAAAGACGGAAAGAGAGAGAGAGGAUUUGUGGGGUAAGGUCUCGAUAUCAGACAGUUUUCCACAGCUUUCCAAGGUGAGGCUUUGUGGGUUCAUAAAACUUAUUGUAUAAACUUGUUCAGCGCAAGGACAGUAUUUAUCAUUGUCAAAGCUGAUCUGUAUUUAAUGUUAGAGAACCUGAACUCACUGUCAAUCAGCACCUCUCGGUGACCCUCUGAUAAAAAGCCUUUAGUGUUAGUUUUACUCACGUUGUGCACUAGUAUCAACAUAUGAUAACAUGUGAUAUGAUGUUGGCGGCUCAUCUUGCUUUAAUGGUUUUUGAUAAUUCUCUGAGUAAGAUGGUGCUUUUUUGAAUUUCGGAAAUGCCUUACACGUGACAGUAAAUAUUGCUAGUCACCAACUGAUGUGCAAGAAAAGUGCAAUGUGUGUUGAUGAGUGCUUUGCUUCCAGCACAGUUUUCCCUCCGUGUGUAACUUCUCUAUGAAUCCUAUUAAAUUCGACUGGAUCUGCAUAUUAGAGUGUGUAAGAUCAUGAUCAGGCAUGUUAUGGGCCAAUGUGUUUAUCUGUGAGGUGUUCCUCUCCUUCCUGUGGUUUCUGUCAUUAUGUAGAGCAGACACUUCUAUUACCGAGGCCAUGCUGAAGAUGAGGUCACUGCUUCCAGCUACAUUAAACCCAGUUAAGAGCACUUUGGCUCAGCAGGAUUACAGAGAGCUGAUAGCAAGAGGAGAGCACUGGAACAGUACUGAUGAGAGUGGAGGUCACUGAGGGCGGUGCAGGGUCUCUGUCCUGAUAUCAUUUUCUCCUCUACAGUGUAAUGAAAAUUGUUUUCCAUUAUAGCAGCACUUAAAUGAUGAUAUUGUAUUAAAAAAUCUCCAGGUGAGCUCAGUCUGUUUGUCCUAUGUACAGAUUUGAAGUCCUCGAUGCAUCAGAUAUAGAACUGACUCCAGGCCAUGGCUAUUUGGGUUAUGUCUGCCGCGCCCUUGUCCUGAUGUACCCUGGCCCUGAAUUUAACAGUCUGAAGAUAAAAAAUAAUCAUUAAAGAAUGUCCAAGAUAAAAAAUUUUCCACAUUGAAAUGAAAUGUAUCGUACAAUAAUGUACUGUACUGUAUCAAUGGUAUCAUAUAUUAUUGUGACAUACCACUGGGAACGUAUUGUUACAUAUUAUAUACAAUAAUGUCCCAUUGUACCAUUCAGCAUCCUGUCUUAACAUGUUGUUCCCUAUCAUAGACUGUAUAUAGAAUGAAUGCCGCCUGCCUCCUUGCUGGGUGAAGCCACCCUGAGAACAGCACCCUCUGGUGACGGGCUGCAGUAUAGGUCAUAAAUCCCGCCUCCUCCAGCAAAGCUGAUGGAGCUGUUGGCAAACUUCUGAAACUAAUUACACAUAAUAUAAGUUUUUCACCCCUUUGGUUGUAAUGUUGACAUUUAGUUAUUGUAAGGCUGGUUUGUGCUCAAGUCAUUUUUUUCUGUACAGCUCUGUUCUUAAAAGUUACUAGGGGGUUCAUGUUUUCUAUGAUUGACACUUGAUACAGCCUAUGGGCGUAUGAAGAUUGCAAAACUCAUCACAGUGACUCUCGGCGACUCUCCCGCCGAAAGCGUACAAUGCCACUGCGCAAGCGGUGAAGUGUGUACGACGCUACUGCGCAAUGUUGGUUUCAGUAAAUGGAGAAAAAUCGCAGAAAUACAGAAAGCUUUUCGGCUUCAAAUCUGUAUACUGGUGGAAAUUAGAACAAAGUUAUCCCUAGUAUAGACAGUCUAUGUUCCCUAUUAGGUAGUUUAAUAUAGUUCCCUAUGUUUGGUUUAGAACAGUGUCAUAACUAGCCAUAUUGUUUUGUAUCAUAAUGUACAGUCUUGUGUUAAGUAUCUUAUGAAUUUAGUCUUAAAAAUACAUCAUUUUUAUUGUAUCAUGUCGCAUUGUGUCAUAUCUCAUUGCUUGAUUUGGUCUUAUAGUGUUGUAUAAUGUCAUAUUUAAAUUUUAAAUAACAUUUUGUAUUUUAGUAUCAUGUUUUCUUGCAUUGUCAGGUAUCAUGUCAGAUACAGUGACCAUUUGGCUUUAAUAAAUAUCCUCAGAUAAUAUUUUCAAAUACUAAUUAAAUUUAAAUCAUUUUAAUCAUUACUUGUCAACAUCAACUAUAUUCUCAUUUCUAAUCAACUUAAUUUGACACUUGAAAAAGAAAUUACAUUUUCUUUGAAGACUUAUCAAUUCUACACAUACCGAAUAGUAUUUUUAUUUAACUUUAAAGACCUGGAAUCACUUAUACUCCGUCAUCUGUAUGUUAAAUCUUACUACUGUUCAUUCCCUUGACAGAUGAUAAACAAUAUGACAGAGGAGACUCUGGUUUACUGGCUAAAAGUUGACAUGCCUCCAAAGCUUAAUUCUACAAUUAACAAACAAAUGAUUUCAGUGAGAAACCCCCCUGUUUGGAUUUGAAGAAUCUGUGUUUGGCUUUGAAGAAAGUAAGAACUUGUUUGUUUGCAGACAUGGGACAUUUUAUCCAUGAAAGCUUUUGCUCUUGCUGCUUUUAUUGUAUGUGGAAUUUUCCGUUUGCGAUAUCUUCCCUUUUAAGACAUUUCCAUGUGCAUUCCCUCUUUCAUGUGUUUCCCAUAUCCCUGGUAGUUCCCUCACCUCACCUCCCCUGUUGGAGGAUUAACUCGACAGUUUAAAGCUCAUUCUCCUGUCACAGAUGUUGGCUUUGAGAUUCAGAUGAGCUCUCUGUGGUAAAGACGUGAAUUUAAAAGGAAAGGAAAUGUAAAUCUGAACAAGCCUGAAGAAUACCGUCUCCUUGCUUGGUGUAUAGUACAAAAACGCUCCUCAAAAACAUGAACAUUUUAAACUUGAAGAGUGCAAACAAGAAACAUAAAGGUUGUAUACAACUGAGUUUGUUGCAUUUGGUGUCUGAAUAUUUUUGCGUUUGAUUAGUAUUCCUAGCGCAUGUCUACAUGUGGGAAUUGGUGGCGUGUGAGCAGUUAAAGUUAAAAUUGUUGUUGCUUGUGCUGAAAAUGAUCAAAUGGACAUGCAGUAUGUGAAUGCGUUGCUGUCCAUGGUGCUGAAGAGGAGCACACUGACAGCUGUCACUAAGAGAGAAAGCACCAUGAACGGCUGAUUUUCUAUGCUUCUCUCUGGCUGGUUUUGAGUGAUUAUUGUGUGUAAUUCCGUCUGGUUCUGCCUUUUUUUGAGUCCCACUGACCUGCUGGAGGACUGCUCUGUCUGUGAUCUCUUAACCUGGGGACAUUUCAUGAAGAGCAAGUGCAGAUUUCAUACUGUCCACUCUGAUCCCUCUUUGUAACACAUCUAAUAGGUCUAUCUUUCCUUUUUGUGUAAAAAAAAAAACAUAAAUGCAUUUUUUCAUUUUCACUCAUAAUUGUUCAUCUCAACACGAUCUGUAAAAGGUUUUUGAUUCUAUAAGCACAAAUUAGCUUCAUAGCUUCCAUCCAUGGUUACUGUCUUUGUGCCAAAGCUUUCCUAUAUGUGAAAGCCCAGACAAUAAUCAGAUCUGUGACUGUAGAUCAGUCUAUAAUACACUUUUUUUUUCCCUGGUGGUGUGCGCAGGUAAAGGAAGUAAUCAAAAACAAUAUUGAUAGUAAACCUACUUCCCUUUGUGGACCAGGUGCCACACGACCACCUUCUGUUUAGCCAUGUUUAAAAAGAGAAAAUAGAGCACAUGAAUUAAUUUAAAGUUUAAACCAUGCAUGUUCAAACUAGUUUUUAUUCUUCUACAAAGCUUUAUAUUCUCCACAGAGGCACACAGAUAUAUUUAAGGUGUGAAAUGAUUAGGAGCCCAUGUUUUAUUAUCCAGGUAAGACAAGUGUAAUCAAAUAUACAUUUAUUUACGUCUCCUGUGAGAGCUCCUCUUACAUCCACACAGCGCUCAGGUAAUCAGCUCAGAUUGAGCAGGGAGAGAUAACAGCGUGCUCAGACUGCAGCGUCUCAUCUGUCACACGUAGAUUUCUAUUAACGCCGUCUGAGAGCUUCUCCUUCAUCUAAUUAGAAAAACUCUCUGUCUGCCUCUUCCUUCUGUCUCUCCUCUGUCUCUCCGCUCCGUCUCUCCUCUGUCUCUGUGUUUCCUCUCUGUGCCCUCUCCUCAGCUCAUCUGUCACACACGUUAGUUGGUUUGAGAAAAGCCUCUCAUGGUUUUCGUCCUGAUGUGUCUCGAGUAAUUAAAGUCCAAAUUGUUUUGAUGCGGCUGUAAUCGCAUUAGCUUGAUUCUACAGAAGAGGAAGGGACAGAGACGGGAUGAAAAAGGAGGAUGAAAUUAGACUGUUAUUUUGUUUCAUCCACAAACUGCAGCCACUGUGUAAUUGUAUCGUUGUAUAUGUGGGUAAAUGUGCAAAUGAACAUUUUUUUUUUACCAGUAUGUUUGCAGAAGGCUUCUGCUAAAACAAAGGUAUUAAAAGCAGAAAAAAGUGGUGUCAGUUUUGCCAAAUUUGUAAAGCUACUGCCCCAAGUACACAAUAUAGUCCUCAUCACAAUGGUUGUCAUGAUUUGGAGCAUGCUAAUCUCCCCUCUCUCAAAUUUCUUUACUCUCUUAAGAUGUCCUAUCAAAAUAAAGGCCAUGCAAUCUAAUAAAAAGAAGAAGAAAAUCGGAAAAUACCAAUAAAUCAGUUCUCUUAUACCUGUUUUUACUGCCUGUUCAGAUCACAAUUUUUAGGUAUUACUGUUCUCUUUUUUAGGAUGUCCAUGGAGAUUUUGAGGUUCAUCUUGUUUGACAGAAAAUAACAGAUACUCAAUGUUGUUGUUUCAGAAUGGCAAGUAUCAUGUCUAGUGAACAGGUGGUUAUGAGAAUUUAAAUCCUGACAUGGUGAGCAGAUCCCUAACAAGAACCAGCUCAGGAUUCUGUGCCCUCUCCUAUAACACAAAAGUUAAUUUUUACAGUAACUUAAAGUUUGUAUUAAACAAAUAUAAAAACCUUAUGUUUGGCUAUAGCAGUUCAUUAAUGCAGCACAGAGAGAGACCAGGUUUGAACCAAAACAAAAAACAGGUGAUUUCAAACUGCAAAUCCUUCUCAUGAUCUCAUGAUGUGUGUGAUCAGUUUGAUCCCAGAAGUGCUGGAGUUGCUUUUGCUGUAGACCAUCAUUGUUAUUUCAGUUUUAGAUUCUAGAAACUGGCAUGGUCUGAUAAUAAAGCAGCCUGUCAGCUCAGCAAAGGAAAAAAAACAAACUGUAAAAUUUGCUGCUGUUGUAUGAUCAAGUAUCUACUUUUUUAAAACAUGAACAUGAAAACUUCUAGAAAAAAAGACUCUUGCUUCCUCCUACAUAAACAAGAUUAAACAUCAAAAUGCUUGUAACUUUGUCAAUUCUAGUUGCUUCGUUCUAUCUCAUCUGUGUUGUUCUUAGCAGGGAUAAAACUGGUUUACAAUGCAGAGGUGUCUUCCCAGCUCCAGUCUGCUGUCAGCUCUGCAGUAAACAUCCUCCCCAUAAAUUUAUUCGUUUUUACUCUUACAAGUCUGUGUCACUCUAUCACAACAGGUCUUUUUCCUACGAUAUUCCUCCUCCUCCUCCUCACUCACCUUGCCUCCUUCUCUCUCAGUCCAUCAGUUUACUGAAUAUAUUUCACUCCCUUCAUUAUAAUGCAGUCAGAUGGCUUGCUGCCUUGAUCGAUUCCUUUGUCCACUCUCAUUCUCUUUACAAGAAAUCCCGCUUCUAAAGAGCUGAAAUAUCCUCUCUCCUCCUCCUUCUCCUCCUCCCCUGCCCUCUGUUUAAGAAGAUUGGUAAAUAAGGGCACAAACUCCCAUUGAUGCAUGCCAGUCUAUUAAUUGACCAACCAGUGUUUCAUCAGGCCAAAUCUCCUUUAAACCCUCCCCUGAUGACAAAGAACUGUUGGUAAACAGCUGUUUAAUUCAGGUCAGAUUGCUGUGAUGUUUUUAUUCCUCCCAUUUUCACUGUUUUGCCCUUCUACCUCAAAAUCAUGCAGUGGAUGACAGCUGAUCCCUGAGUCAUCUGCCUGCACAGUGCAAGCACAGGACCUUUUAUUUUUGAAACACACUGCAGAGAUAUACUGACAUGAAAACAAUGCUAGCACAAAGGUUUUGUUGUUGGAUCUGAGUGAUUAAUUCUAAAACAUGCCUAACAGUUUGAAUAUUUAUCUAGAUCAUUCGUCUUCCUUGUGUCUUUCUAGAGAUUUAGACAUACUUUCAGUCCCUGCAGCCUUUUUUUCUGACUAGAGCUAAACUUGUUUGAGAAGACCCUUUCUUUCGCUUAGGAGACUCUUUAAUCCCCAUCUAUCUCCGUACCAACCACCAAUCUACUCAGCUUUCCUGGGUUUGCAAUCCAUUCACACUGCGGGGCUGAGGAAAAAAAUCACAGAGUUAAAAAAAUACAAUCUCUAAAAGUAUUCAAAACAGGUAAAUCAUCAAAAUCAUUUAGGUUGUUGGUUCUUUGAAAGAAAACCCAGUGUUGAGAUUCUCUGUAUAUUUCAGAAAUAUUUGAUUCAAACUCUAUUACAAAGUCAAAUAUUUUAAAAGUUGUCAUGCUAGCGUGCAGACAGGUGUGAAAAAUACUAAAUUCAAAUUUCUAUAACAAAGUAGAACCAUUCAAAUAUAAUGAAGACAAUUAAGUCUCCAUUAAAAGAAACCUGAUAAUACCAUAGUAUGCUCAACAACUGUAGGAGCACAAAAGUCACACGUUGUAGAUAAGUAAGCAACUGAAAGUAACCUGUUGUUGAUAUAUUAUUUUCUAUUUACUGAGUCCUGCUGCUCCAGGUUGCACUCCUCUGCACUACAAAAACACAGUUCACAAGGAUUUUAAGACUACAAUGUGGAGUGGCAAAUGAGACUUACUCAAGUACCACCUAAUAAGUUGAUAGUUGGCAUCCAUCAGAGAAAUCCUUGUACUGAUUCUUACAAACAGGUCUUAAAACUGCACAUUGGUUGGUCUAAAGUAGCUGAAUGCAGCACUACAGUUUGUGCAGACACAGUUUAUGGAAGAGAAGAAGAAGUUCAUUGAAAUAUGUGCACCUGGAGAUUAACCUGCUGUUAAACUCAAAUAAAUAAUAGAUAUCAAAUAUUUACUUUCUCUAUUAAUUUAGUGACAUUAAAAAGUCACAACAGUUCCUGCUGUGGCCUGAGGAGGCAAUGCCGAGUAUCUACUUUUACACUAACAAAACCGCUGGUCUCUUUUGACAUGAAUUAAAACAAACUCACUUAAAGACUUUGGGACAUAAUUUAAACUCAGUGCUAAUGUUGAGCAAAAGCUGACUUUUGCAGUGUCCUCAUUUGCCAGUCCUACAGUGGGAAAUGAGUAAUGGCACCAAGGUCCUCUUUUCUUUGAUAAACAAGAGUGCGCACUCACACACACACACACACACACACACACACACACACACACACACACACACACACACACCUGUGUUGAUACAGUGUAAAACUAAGAUGUAAUUUGUGAUUAUGCUGUCAUAGUGCUGUGCGUGAAGGUUCUCACAUCUUAAAUUGAGAGAGAUGGAAGAGUAAAAUGACAAAGAAAAAAAUGAAAGAAACACAGGCAUCCUGAUGGAGAGCAAAAACACAUGUACAGACAUUGUUUCCCAUAAAUUCUGUGCUGCUGAAUUUUCACAGUCUGCAGGAACAGAUCCCAAAGUAUUUACUCACACAUGGAGGAGAGCAGCUGCUGUUACACACACACUCACAUAUUGCGCGCUCUCUCGGCUUUGUUUGGAACAGAUUUUUUCUCAGAGAAAAAAUGCAAAUGUUGCUUUCUGUGCCUCUCUUUUCAUUCUUACACAAAUCUGUUAUGAGAAUAUAUAUGUGUGUUCAUGCUGCUUUUGCUGUGUUUGUCUCUUUUUCAGUCAGAGUGAGAGUAGUGGAAUCACAUGAGUGGAAACAUGUUCAUAUCCCUGCUCUGUUAUCAAUGAUCAGAAAAGAAUAUGUUUAUCGCAGUUUGCACAAGUAUAGGGUUGUAUGAGGGACUUGUCAAUGGUAAUUUUAAUACCCACAGGGGAUCCCACUAAGCUCAACCUCUUUGUCGAAAAAUCAGCUGUUGAACUGGAAUAGAAGUCAGGCUAUCAACCUCUCAACCAAAUAAUGAAGCUAAUUUUAAGGAACACCAACCCAAAAACCCAGUGUCAAAAUAAGUAUACACUCUUUUAAGAAAUUUUCACUUCUCUACCCUGCUGUCCAAAAGCCCACUAACCUCAGGAACAGCAGAUAUCUGCACUGCAGGUUUUAGCCGUCUGAUCUCUGGGCUUCAAAAGAGACAAAAAAUGCAACCAGAUAAAGUAUGGGUGAUUCUGAUAGUUUAGCCUGUGUUAAACUUUUUGAACCAGAGCUCACAGAAGACAACAAUACUCAUCUGAUGGAUGAUAAGAGGGGGGAAACUUUUAUGCUGACUGGAGAGUAGGAGAGAUCACAAGUUACUCGAUGGUGCAGGUGUGUAUCAGCAUGCCUGCAAACUCAGAGAAAUGUUUGCUCCCAGGAGCGGGACCUGAUUUUCAGGACCUUUCUAAAUCAGAGGACACCUGUGUGGUUCAUAUUUUACUAACUGUGUCAGCAUGAUAACAUACCACGUAUGUUGCUUUAAAUGAUCUAAAACCAGUAUUGGAAUUUGCAGUAAAUAUGUACAAGGCAAUAUGAAAGAGGACAUGUAUAUUAUAGAGCAGCCGCUGCGGUCAAGACACACCUAUAGUUCAAAAAUUAAUGUAAUAAAAUGCUGACUUUUUCUACAUUGAGUAUUUACUUGCAUUGGACUUUCUUAGAAAUAGCCAAAAUCUAAGGAACCACUGACCCCCUCUACAGGAGCUGAUACCCCAGUUUCUAUUCUAGUUUAGCGACUGGUUUCUCAACAAAGGGGUUGAGUCGACUGACAUCCCUUGUGGCUAGUUCUCAUUUCAUUCACAAGUACCCCAUUCAAUUUAUGCAUUAUGGAUAUGAAUUAUAAAGUCUAAAAGUGUCUGGUAAUAAAUCCUGGCUAUGAUUGUGAUAGAUUGCAAAAUUGUAUGUGUGCUUUGGUGUGUUCCAGUGGGCACGUGUGUUUGUGUGUGCAGAACAACAUGUGAGUUCCUCACAAUCCUUGUUAAGUGUGAGUUUCUUGCCCACUGGCUCCAUAAACACCGCUCACACUUAUUAGUCACCUCAGAUUGAAGCUGAGCGCUGUUAUCAUGGGAGCAGCACAAAAGUGACGACUGAUUUAAAAGGAUGUUUUCAUUUCCCUGAUCUGACCUGAGGUGACUGGAGUUUUCAGAGGUGUUUCUUUUAUUAUUUGAUCAGAAAUUUAUGUUAAGACUCAUUUAUUUUUCUCUUUUCUGUCUUAAACAUUAGGCAAAUCUGGGUUUAUCUCAGUGGUUAGUUUGAGGAACAUGUUAGUGUUAUUUUUUCUAAUCAGAACAGUCACUGAGAUCCUAUUUGCAAUUACUUCCAUUACAAAAUUCCCUUACAUUACGAUAGAGACAUUUACAUUUACAAUACAAUAUAAGAACUGUAUCUAUCCGCAAAGGGAAAUUCAAUCCAGGUCUCCAAGCUACACAAGACUGGUCCCACAAGCACCAAUGCAUCUCUACAAUAAUGUUGGCUUCUAAACUGUGCGAUAAGAACUAAAUAGGUGGUGCCUCUUGUUUUUGGAGGCUCGGGAUGCAGUGUCCAUGGUUUCCAAAAGGAAUGUCAAGUUUUAAUUUGUUUGCCAUGUGGAUAGUUUCCAGCUCCAGCUCAUUACCCUGCAUUUAUGGAUUCAGUAACACUUUGUGCUCACACAGAGAGGUUUAUAGAUGUGUUUAGAGCUCAUGCAGUGAUUUUCCAUGCAAAGCAAUGUCUGCUUGUAAUGCAGUGCUGCCAAAGGCUUUGAUGUUCACAACCAUCUAGUAUUGUUCAUACAAAUUCUGAAACAGGAGCCAUGUUUAAAGUAUUUCAAUCCAUCCAUCCAUCCAUUUUCUACCGCUCACUCCCAUUCCCGGGGUCGCAGGGGGGCUGGAACCUAUCCCAGCAUCUUCGGGCGAAGGCAGGGGACACCCUGGACAAGUCACCAGUUCUCAUUAGGAAUUUGGUAUCUUGUUGCAAUAAGACUGUCAGACUUCAGGAUGGAGAGGUCUCUGUUCACCUCUUUAUGAAUACAAAUGUGAGUUAGUUGCUGUUGCAGUUUGUGUUUCUGUUGAAUUAUGAUCAAGUAUUCCUUUUUCUCUUGGUUUCUCUCUCUCUCCGCAGGUUUCGGCUUUGUGACGUUCGAAAUCGAGGAUGUGGUGGAGAAAGUCUGUGAGAUCCAUUUUCAUGAGAUCAAUAAUAAAAUGGUGAGUGGCUCCUUCUCUAUCUCUGCUCUGAUCGGGAUUCAGGUUUCAUUUCUCUCCACGUAGCAGCGAAUGUGAAGCUAAAAACUGACACCACACACACACACUCGAUGUUAUACAGACUUGUAUGAUAUGAUUGAAGUGGAGAUCAGCUGUCUGUUCACUAACACUGAUCAGCAACCAUGAAAUUGUGAGUGUAUGUGUGUGUGAUCCUGAACACAUGGGUUCUUCCUCGGCUCCUGUGUCCACCUUCACACCAUUAUGGUCUGAUUAUUAGACUGAAAAAAGAGAAUAUUUUACAUUCAAAACACUUUAAAAAAAAAUCUUUGUAGAGAGAGAAUUCCAAUAAGGUUUGACACAAAUGUUCACACUAUCAUUAUAAGUGAAUACUGAAAAUGAGCACUAAAUCUGUGGCAAGAUUUGUAGUCUUGGUGAAUAGUUUGUACUAAAAGCAACUUCUGAACCCAGCAGCUAUUGUCUAACAGUACAAAUGCAGCUCAGUAUAGAAGAUAAUGAAAAAGUAAAACAUUUCCAUCAGUUAUUUAUAUUAUUUUAUAUUUUAUCAAAUUUUAGAAGAGCUCAAAACAGUUGAAUAUUGAGUAACUAAGCAGAAUGAAUACCAUCUAUCUCUGGGCAUUGUGCAGAACAUGCAAACACAAUCACAGAGAAGACUGCCUGCCUGAUUAUUGCACAGAAGACGUUUAUCUCACCCUCCACAGUGUCAUUGCAGAAAAAGGUGCUCAGGAAAAAGGGAUGACCGCACUUCGAUAGCAUUUCCAAAAAAAGUUCAGCAAAGGCCUUAGAAGGGCUCAUGGUGACGCCACUUUACUUUUCCAGUAUAGGAGUAAGCACCUGCACACAGUGCCAGAACUUAUUUUAAAUGGUUUGUCAGCCUUGAUAUUACUGUGUUUGACUGGCCAGCCUGACCUGAAUCUCACUGAGAGUCUCUGGGGGUACUUGACAAGGGAAAGAGAGGAACCCAAGAACUCGACCUAAAAGUGCAGAGAGCUGAAAGCCACUAUCAAGGAAACCUGGGCGUUGAGAAGGCGUCAGCAGUGAAACAGAAUAAUUACCUCCAUGCUUUGUGUAUGCAUGGAUAUAUUUUUCAGCGGUUACAUAUUCCUGUAUUCUAAAUCUUUAAAAAAAAAAAUUAAUUUAGCUAAUAGUCUUAUAAUCUGAGAAACUACUAGAUUAUUGAUUAUCGUGAAAUUGAAAUAAAAAAGCCUGGAAAUAUUUCAUGAGACAAGCCACAAAUGUGAAAUACAUGAAAGUUGACCUGUUUGAAUUAAAUUACAGAAAAAAAUAAGUCUUCCAGGAUAUUCUUCAGAUGCACCUGUAUAUGCACCCAGGAAUGAUGGCCAGCUUCUCUGUAUUUCAGCUGUAAUGGUAGUACAGGACUUCCCCUUCUGUGUGCUGUAUCGUAACUUUCCAAUGAGGAACUGAAGAAGUGACCAUAAAGAUCAAAAGUGUGGUGAAAUUCAUCCCUCAGAUAAACGCCUUCAUUUCUUGUGAAGUAUGGUCCCUGAGGCGUGCAUGUAGAGUCUCAGUUUUACUGUAAAUAUGAAGUUACACAGAUAAUGAUUUUCUGAAACUGAUUUUCUUAUGAUAGCCUUGUUAUUAAUGGGCCUUUAGUUUGCUGAGAUAGCAGUAUCAUUGUGCAAAUUUGUGAAAAGUAAGAAUUGAAGCUUUGACAAGUCUGUCCUCAAGAGGGAAAACCUAGUAAUGUUGCAGACAGACUGUAUGCAAGACUGAAUAUCACUUUGCUUUCUGCAGUUUUAUGUCUAUUUACUUAAGAUGAAGUUCAACUUUUAGUGGCUUCUUUUGUCACAAAGAGAUAAUUCCCCUCCUGGAUAGAUUUCUCACACACAGUUAUUUCCUGUUUGUUUUUUAAUAAACUAAACUUUGCUGUCACUGUGAUGACUGUCACUGAGUCCGCAUAUGAGACUAAACAUCAUCAUCACCACUGCAGAGGCAGCGCUCCCACAGUUGUUACUGUUUCUCUCACAUAACGCUUCAAAUGCUUUUAUUGUUGUGGGAGCUCCACAGUGCAGUGCAGGAUUUCUUUAUUGUAGCCUGUAAGAGACCUCACAAGCCUUGCUCCACUGUCACUGCUGGUCCACUUACUGUCUCUGAAUCGGGCUACAAUGGAAAUAAACUGUUUUCAGCAGUGGCAGGACGGAGGAGGACUGUGAGAGAAACACAAAGGAAGAAGACAAACAGCCAAAAAUCUGACCUCUUAUUUGCAGUAACACAAAGCUUGAGCUUGCUCAGUAAAAUACAGGCACUGUUUCUUUAAUUUGAUUCAGCUGUUUGCUGUCAGAACAGACUAAUAUAAGCCUCUAUUUCCCAAAUGCAUUGUGAGUGCUGGCCUACAGCUGAACUCAGAUGAAAGCAAAAUAAGCAGCAACUGUUUCAUUAUGCCUCUUUUUCACACUAAGCAAAAAGUAACAGGAGAGAGGAGCCACUGUAAUAACUACAGAGCAGGGUCGUGUUUGCACAGACUUCUAAUUAAACACAAUGAAGAGGAACAGCUGGGUUUCCACAUCAGGGUACAGUAUGUAAUGUGCGAACAGCAUAUUUAUAAAUGACUCAGUCGCACCAAGGGUGGACCACACAGCUGUUUUCGUCAAACCCAACCUACUGCUUAAUCUGGGCACAUGCUGUAAUUCAAAAUGGAGUUUAAAUCCAAUCAAUGCUUGGCUGACACUCUGUUCUUGAUUUGAGGUAAAUAAAAAAUGAAGCUGCAGAGUUGUAUUUUUAUCUCCUUCAUAAUUAUUGGUUUUAUGUAUGCAAAGACUCUCUGACCUUUCCCACAAUCCAUGCUGAUGCAGUCCAGGAAACAGUAUUUCUGACACAAAACAGACAAACAAGGAGAUCAACAACAACGGUGUGCUGUCAGGUACAACUCUGGUUUCAUUAGAGUAGUGCAGUGUCUUUGUAGAGAGCGAGGUAACAGCUGUUUUUGGUUAAAAGAAGUAUUUUUUAACAAAACCAAAUGGUCUGUGUAUAAUAAUCAAUUUUAUAAUGUUGUCAGACACCAAUUUUGAGCUAGACAAAAACAGGAACUUCUAGGGGGUACAUUUUUACCCAUUAAGGAUAAUGUUGCAGCCAUUAAAGCCUGUUUCUCUGCUACAGGAUGCUCAAAAGCUUUUUUAGACAUUUACACCCUCAAAUCUUUCCUUCCAUCCUGCCAAAAUAUUUUUGAAAUAAUUUAAACUCCUUAAACAGAGAGCAAGGUACUUUCAACAAGUAUAGGAACAAGCUCCGCUCCGCCCAUCCAUCUAUUAUCCACAGAGUUCAGCAUUUUAACAGGACCAGCCGGGACACAACACCUCACUAUGAUACUGGUUACUGGACUUCCUCACUGAGAGGCCACAAGCAGUACACUAAACUUGAGUAGGGGAGACCGGGUAUGGUUGUUUCCAGAGGAUUUCAAAAGUUGUCCUUCUUGGUAUUUAUGUUAAACUUAGCAUACGGAGGGUAACAUAUCAAGUGUGGCUGCGUCUGUGUUCUCAGUGUGAUAGUGUUUCCUCCCCUCCUCCACAGGUAGAAUGUAAAAAAGCUCAGCCCAAGGAGGUGAUGUUUCCUCCAGGGUUACGAAGUCGGGCCCGGGGUUUACCGUACAACAUGGAUGCCUUCAUGCUGGGCAUGGGCAUGCUCAGUGAGUAUGAGUGUGUGUGUCAGUGUGUGCAUGCACAUAAUUAUCACAUCGUAAUGCAAAUCUAGAAAAAUGGUUGCGCACUUUAAAAAAAAAAGAAAGGUGACAAAAGCAGCUCAAGAUAUUUGUCGUUUGUUUAAGCCUUGGGAUAAUUUAACAACCAUUAACAAGUGGAUUCAAACAAAACAAUAAUAGUAAGUAGUUUUUAGGUCUCAGUUGACAGAGAUAAACGUGAUAUUUUAUUGAAAAACAGAAAGAAUUGAAGAACCAGUGGAGCCAGAUCUUGUUUAAGCUCUCUCAUGUUUGUCUAAGUUACAUGGUCACUCUCAACUGGAAUAUUUCAGAUUUCUGGAUGACUAUAUAAACAGAAUUAAGAAUCAUGUGACCAGCGAUCUAUGGCGCCCCAUAUACAGGGGUUUUGCCUCAAGUGGUUGGCCUGAUUUUGCUUCCAGCACAUGGCUCCUUCCCUGCAUGUCACCCCCUGCUCUCCAAAGAAAGGCAAAAAAUAAAUUAAAAGAAUCAUGUGACAAACUGUCAAAUGCUGCAGAUUUACAGGAACAAAAUGCUUACUGUGAACAUUUUUAGAUUUUAUUUUAGUUGAGGCUCAAGUGAGUUUUAUUAAACAGCUGUGUUUUUUUCCCUGCAGGUUACCCAAACAUUGUAGCAACAUACGGCAGAGGAUACACCAGCUUCACUCAAAGCUACAGCUACCAAUUCCCAGGUGAGCUCUUUUUUCAUCAUGUGCAGUCUCAUUGGUGUCGACCAGUCAGGCAUCAACAGGUCCUAGUCUGUAAAAAAAAAAAAAAAAGGUCAACAUGGAGAGCAAAAGCAAACUUAACACAAUCCAACUGACACCAUGACACCUGAUCUGACAGUGGCAGUAAUCUGGAGACCAUUCUUUUAUCUCUACAAACACAUAUCAGUCUUAACAACACAGAAACAUCAUUUCAUUCUUGCUCUAUGAUUUCCUUAUUGAUAUCUUCCACUUACAUUGGAAUUCAACCAAAAGACAUCCAGAAAAACACAGUCAGCAUGCUAAGAUUUGUUGCGUCAAAAAUGAAAGAUGAUUGGUUUAUGAUGGCCUCCAGAGGUUUCCCCACUGUGUUAGACACUUUGAAUGAAUUUGUAAAAUCCUGAGGCUGCAGUGUCUUCCUGUCUGAGCUCACUAAGUAUGAAGUUAAAGGUUGUGAUGUUAAUAUGUAGAGAGAUGGAGUCAUUCUGCAGGAAGAGAUCGAAUUAAAAUACUCAGCCUCAGGACCAUGCUACAUUUAGGGCCACAGAGCACAGCAGGGCUCUCUGCUGGAGACUGUCACUCUCCAUUCACAUGCACACACACACACAAACACACACACAGCUGUGGUCCACUGUGGUUAGAAAGAUGUCUUGUAAACCUCUCUUGGUGGUUUCUCCUUCAAAUGCCCUCCAUCACAGACGCAUCUCUAGAGGCUGGGGGAUCAGGUGUGUCUGAAUGUGUGUGUGUCUGUGUGUUGCACUGUGUCUCCAUCCGAAUGUGUAUGUGUCUGAGAGUGUCACUCUAAUCACAACCUUAACGUUAGCUGUACAGCGUGUAGGUGUUGUUUUCCCUCUUGCUAAGAUAAGAGGCAGCAGUGAGUGUUCUCGUCUCCUGUCAUUACUCGGAUGUAUCAUGUCAUCAUCCUCACACGUCCAAUCAAAAACCGUCUUGGAAAACCCUGUUGGAGAAGAGCUGAUUGCUCCAGGUUAACUUUCUCCCUCUGCUCUUAAUCUUGGAGCUCCUCCCCAGAGAUUAUUUUGUCUGUGAUUCUCCGAUAGCAGCAGGACGACCUUGGUGUUGGACAUGAGAGGUGAAAGUCUUUUUAUUCUCUCCUCUUGCUGUGGAGGGAUUUAGAAAGAGUUGGCUCACUGUGGAGGUUUAGAAAUUGAGCGUUGAGAAAGUGAGGAGCUCAUCCCCUUCUGAAGCACUACCCAUAAUCCUCCCAGGGACACAACUCACAGGGGGUCAGACAAAGUGGUUUAUGUCCGUGUGUCAGUGCUUGACCGCUGUAGUGUUGCAGCAGCAUCCCUGUACUCAGAACAACUAAAAGACCUCCACUUUCACAGCCUUUUUAAAAAAUUUCUGUUAUUUUUUUUUAUCAAUGCAAGAUAUCUGGCUGCCCACUAAUUCACAUUGCAAUCAUCAUCACAACAUAAACAUGUAUGACCCCACUUCCACUGGAGUUAAGACACUGUGCAAAGCUUAAAAUAGAAUUCAAUUAUUUUAAAAGCAUUUCAAGUCUGUAUUUGUUUGAAAAAAGUGCAGAGACAGCGACAUAUUAAAUAGUGGUUGGGACAGGGACAUAUCUACCAUUGUGAUGCAUCACCUCUUCUGUUAGCACUUUGUUGACAUUUGGUUACCAAGGAAACAAGUUUCUGAAGUUUAGAAAGUUAAAAUAUUACCUGAAAUUUUCUUGCUCUACAGUUUGUGGUCUCUUUCUCUCACUAAGUGUUUUCAAUAAGGGACAAGUUGUGAAUCAGUUAAGCACCUGGACUCUUCUAUCACAGAGCCAUUAAGUGGUAACAUCCACAAAGUACAGUUCUGUUUCUCCUUGCUGUAAUAUACAAGGUCCUCUCUCAAAAGGCAUUGUCUGGAUGGCAACAUAUUUUGCUGCAAAUCCUGUAUAUGUUGUGUUAGCAUUAACGGUGCCUUCCCAGUUGUGUACUGUAGCUACCCAUGCUCUUAAGUAACCCCAUAUGAUAAAGAACCCACUGAGCAUUUUUUGGUCUAAAAGAGGUCUAAUAGACGUCUAAAUGUAGCCUAGACGACUGGUCUAAAAUUAGGCUACCAUAAGUCUAAAAAUGAAAGUUUGUAGAUGUCUAAAUGUAGACCAAGUUUAAAUCUGGGCUAUAUCUAUACUGCACUGCAUAUUGCUCAAUGGCUAUCAUAAUUAUUUUGGUUAAGUACUUGGAGAUCAGUUAUGCAACUCACAGUGGAUUUAAUAAUGGGUUUAAGUGCAACGUCUAAAUUCCGUCGAAAAAUAUACAGAAUCUAGAUGGUUGAAAUUAGGUCUACAAAGAAAUCUAGACGUCUAGCUGUCUAUUGCUCAGUGGGAAUGCUGGCUUUUGAAAUGAAGCUGAAAACAAGCACUUUGAUGCAGACGAACAUUUUUUUGGAGUUUGUGAUCUACAGUCAGAUUUAAGGAAGAAUCAUAAACAUGCAGAGUGAUCUGAUAUGAUGCGAAUUGAAAGUGGAAUCUCAAGUUGUUUUUCUUAAUUUAAUGUAAUUGGAAAAAUGACCAUAUAUCUUUCAAAAUAACAUAUCCCAGUGUUGAUUGAUUGUCUUGUUGAUUCUGUCUUCACUGCAGUCUGUGUCCACAGCAUCCACAGCUGUGUGUCCUCUGCCCUUUCAAAGCUCCCAUAAUGCACUCACCUGCAUAGCGGCAGCCACAGGUAGCAGGCUCUCAGCCCUUCACAGCAAGCAAGAGAGACCGUGUUUUUACGCACACACAGCGAGGGAACACUGUGUCUGUUCAGAGCAGAGGGCUGGAGGGACCAAACCUCUCCUCUCUGUGCUGUAAUGUCCUCAAAAAUAGCACUGUGAAAUGCUCCAUUAGCUCCCACUGCAGCCAUUAAAACCAUGUGUGUGUAUGUGUGUGUCCUAUGAGAGUGAGUGCGUGUCCAUACAUCUAGUAAUUUGGGAGCUCAGGCUGUGCAGAGUUUGUGGUUUUUGUCUGAAAUAUCACAGAGGCAUUUUUGGGAAAAGUGAGAUAACUCCGGCACACACAGCUAUUACAUGUGAAACUAAAACAAGUAUUUAUCCACAGAUGUUGCCUGCUGCUGUUGAAUAAGGCUCUUGUUGUUUUAAAAAAGAAAGUGAGCAGGGAGUUUUACUUGAAGUUAAAAUGGUAAAUAUUAGUUUUCACAUAUGUUUUAUCUGUAUUUCUUUUUUUUCUAACCAGGCUUCCCAGCAGCAGCGUAUGGCCAGGUGGCAGCAGUGGCAGCAGCUCGAAGCACAGGUAGGGGGAUCCAUGGAAGAGGCGGCGGCUACACGGCAUAUGGACAGAGCACAGGGGCAGGUAAAUGCUCUGCCUGUAGUCUGUGUGGCCCCACGCUCUCCUCAUGCUGUUUCUCACCUGUCUGGACAAAUAUUAACACCUUGAGACAGGAAAGGGUUUGUUAGAUUUAAAAAACAAAAAUUUCCAACUUUUUCAUAAUGAUUUAACAGCACAGCAAGACCAGGGGGAGAGUAAAGAGAAUAAACCCUCAGAGAAUCAGUGAUGAAACCCGCUCCUCUUCCUCCCAUCUUCCAGGGUUUCCCGAUUACAGUUUGUAUUCUGCUGACGUGCGAGGAGGACCCUCUUACUCCCUGGCAGACUAUGCGUCAAUGGGGCCCCAAGCGACCCCUCAGAUCCUCUCCAGUGAACACCCCAGCUCUGCCUGCACCUCCCCCAACUCCCUCCAGCACCACCUGCACAGUCCUGAUCCCUUUAAGAGCACAGGUGUGGAUCUUUCAGUCUUUUGCAUCUAGAGAAGACACACUUUUCUGUGUGUGGUGUUAUUCCUUUGAGAGCUGGUGUGCUCCCUUUUUCUUUUGUUCUCAUUGCCCGAGGAUUUAUAUUUACUAUAAACUUUGUGAGGGUCUUGUUUUUGAACUGGUUAUUUUCCUCCUAAUGCCUUGCCCCUAUGAUAACUGGCAUGAAUUAUGACUUAAUAAUCUGUUUUUAUGAACAUUGUUUUGCUUAUUUGCUACCCAAGACAGCAAAGUAAGGAAAAGUUCUUUAUGUCAGCAUUUUCACAGUAAUAAGAUCUCUUUUUCUGUAAGCAACCCCUCCGUGUUACAACACAGUAUAUCAUUACAUAAACAACAUUUUUAGAUUUUCAUUGUGAAUUGGUGUUGUCCUUCAUCAUCUCUACAACACUCUGAAAAUAAGGUGAAUAACAUGAAUGGAUGUUUGAUUUUGGAUUUAUGUUAUCAUUACAAAAUCUUGAAAAUAAGCUAGAACUAAACUAAUGCACAUCUUUCCCAUGCUGGAUCUAUGUAGCAGACUACAGCACAGAUAGCAAAUAAAAAAAACAAACACAGGUGAACACAAGGAUGCUAGUGCAAUUGAACGAAAAUUGUUUAUUUUGGAUUAGUAAAUAGUGAUGGUAACCAGGAUGAAAAGUCACUACUUUAAAGUGUCUGUUAAUAUAACCAAUCCAAAUAAAACCAAAUAUAGCCAAAUAACUAGUUAUUUCUAAAGUCCCUGUGAUUGCAUUUUCCUCUGCUCUUUGGUCACUUCGACUCUGAAUGGGUUCAUAAUUUACAGAAUGUACAUUCAACUUUGUUUAAGAAGCCUUUAAACCAGAGACUGAGACUUUCAACUCAUCAAGAAAAUGUUUACUGAAGGAAUAAAUCAGCUUAUAAAAUAUUGGACUGCCUUUUACAGCUAGUCAAAGUGACCCCUACUGGAAAUAAGAGAGAAUGCAGGUUUUAAACAUGUCCAGAUGAGCUUUAGUUUUCAUUUUCAGACUGCUCCAUUUAUGCUUUUACUGCACAUUAUCUAUUUUUAUCACUUCCUCCGAAAUACAUAUAUAUAGCAGCUCUGAAGCAAAAAAAUGGGUGUUGGCCUGCAGUCCCUCCAUUUUCAUUAUCCAAGUGAAGUGAAUCCAUAGAGAUGUAUUUCACCCCUUCAGUCUUAUAGUGCAUUCUACCCAGGACACCCUAUGUAAUUUCCUGCCUGUCAGGCACAGAACUGGGUCCAAUAUCCCACACACUUUAUAGAAGAUAAUCACCAUCAUAUAUUUAAAGAGACUGUGAGGAGCAAGGGGAGUCCUGGAAAGGGAGUGGGUUGAGAUGUACUGGUUCUCUUAGUGACAGGUGUUGAUUAGAUGAGGGCUGCUGUGCCUGAUCCCUCAGAGUAAACUCUGCCACACACUCACAGAUUUUCUGACAGUCAAUUCUGAAUAUUCGGAGCAAAAAGAUGAAGGUUCACUCCUGGGAAUAUCUCAUAUUGCGUAAAGCUGUAUUCACUUGCCUUUUACUCUCAACGGAUUAAUACUAAGUAAACAGGUUAGCGAAUUCAAACAGAUAUAAAUAUCCACCUUUAAUAAUUUCAGCCCAUCUUCAUUUUACACAUUUGUUUUUCACAUUUCUGUCCACGAUUCCCCUAUGAGUGCACACACUGUGUUCAGGUUUGGAUUCAUGCCUGAAGAAAGUGGAUUUUCCAUGUGACGUGAUGAUGACCAUGGCGUGUACAGAGGCUGUAGUCCUUGAAGAGCAUUAGAGUGAAACUGAGACCCAGUAUUGACAGAAAAACAACCUUUUACACUGAGAAAAGACAGCCUCCCUUACCUUUCAAAUCAAGGAUUAGGGCCGCAGUAAGGCUGUAAAAGUCAGGAUUCUGAGAAUAAAGCUUUAAUUUUACAAGACUUAAAGGGAUAUUCCGAUGUAAAAUUAAUUUAGGGUCAAACACACUGUAACACCUAGUUAGACACCCCCUCGAGAUAUGAAUGUUGUUGCUUCUGUAGUUAUACCAACUUUAGUAACAACCGCGUGAUAGCAAUACACAGCGGUCUGAGGAGCCAUAAACAAACCUCGACCAAAAAGCCACUCUAUAGCCACAAAUAAUUCUCAGAACCGCACCUAACUUCAUCAACAGUGCAUAAAGGGUCCAGGCCAUAGCACUAGCCACCAAACAUCUUUUGAGCUUUGCCUGAUUUCUUUAGCAAAGAGACUAAACACAACUCACCUACUCUCUUCCAGCACCUGCAUGUUUGUAGUGAGACCUCAGGCCAGUCCAUUACAGACCACAGCGGGGUGACACAGCUCAAGGAAGAACAUUUAUGAUCAUUUCUUUAUCAUUUCCUUGAAGUAUUAAUCACCAUAUUAAUCAUUUUGCACUGCAGACGCGGUAGUUCUUCUGCCUUAGCGUCUCGGUCUGAUUGCAUUUCCAUGUGUUCGACCCUAAAUUAAUUUUACGUCGGAAUAUACCUUUACUGUUGAUGUCUGUUGUGUUUCCCUGGCUGAAAUGCCCUUUUGUCUUCUCUUCUCAGGAACCAACCCAGCCCGGCCUGGUGUAUUUCCUGGUCCCAGCAGUCCUGGUCCUGUAGCAGACCUAUACGGUAAUAGCAGUCAGGACCCUGCUGUUGGAAACUUCAUCAGCACCUCAAGCCCUCAGCCCGGCUCAGGCUUCAACCACAGCAUCCCUGUAAGUAAAUUUAGCCAUAAUAUCUUCACGUCCAUGCAGACUGUGUAGUUUUUCUUCCCAGAGGUGUCUGUACUGACACAGAGAUUAAUUUGACAUUUCAGAGUCCUCUGAUCGCAACAGCUUUUACAAAUGGAUAUCACUGAGAGCGGAGAGCUGACAGGCUGCUGUCUCAUUGCAGGUAUUUAAUGAAAUUCCUUUCUCACAAUCUGGUCUGGACACACAUGUUCAUUUUUCCAUUUAAAUCGUGUCCCAGUUCAUAUUGACGGCUUCAUAUUUAAUGUUUAAACCCCCCCUUCAAUCUGAUGUCUCAGCUGUUCACAAGGUUUGUACAGCCGGCAGCAAAAACAGGUGUAGGUUCACAAUAAGUAAAAGUUCUUUGAAAAGUUGGAUUUAAAAAAAAGUUGUUGAAUAUAGGUGUGCUCAGAAAAGCCUGGACAAUAUUUGUGCUGCAUUACAAAUCCAAGUUUAAGACCUGAAUUAUUAUGGUCAGCUCAGCACAUGUCAACUGAUCAUUGAUUAUCAGUGAUCGGUUGAUUGUCAUUUCCUCAUGUUGUCAUGGUAACAUUACUGACACAUCUGUGAUGCCGACAAAAGAGAGGAGAAACUCAUGAAACGUCCUCGCCGUCAUGUGGCACCAGUGUUCCACCAUCUGACUUGUAUUGCAGGAUUCGGUGCAACAAUGCAGCCGUACUGAUUUUAUCAAAUGUUGAUUAGUUAACCUGAGGAAGAUGAAGGAUCUAAAUCCUGCUCUGACAUAGCAAGAUGGAUCACAAACAACACGGGCAAAAACAUACAGUCUUCAUAGGUUUGAGCUCAUCUGUAGAUCUGCAUGUUUGGAUUCAAUCCUUGACUGAACUUGGAUGAUGGGAGCUGUUUUUGUUUCAGCAGCAGGGGGACUUUCAACCUGUUUGACUUUCAACAGGUUUUAACAUUAAUAUUAAUAAAUGAGCUGAACUUUCAGUCCUUUUUUUUUCAGUCAGAUUGACCUCCAGAUAAAAGCAUGUUGUCUCUAACUUUGUUUUUUUGAACAGGUGAAGCCGUCCAGCACUGAUCUCCACAGCGCCCUCACAGUGGUUGGAGGGGAGGGGGUCCCAGAUGAAUAGCAGGUUGAAAACAAAGUGAUACAUGAUCUGAGAGAGAACGACAGCAGGGAAGCAAAGUCCGACCUGCAGCACAGGAGAUCAGCGUGCAGUCUGCAGAUCUGCUGCUUUGUUUUUUAUUCAAGAUGACUUUUUGUUUUCCUACCAUGUCUUCAUUGUGUGUGAGGUGCCCCCAGCAGUGAAAUAUUAUUCUCAGACAUUCUGUUUUGAUUCUUUUACCUGUUCACGUGUUUUAAAUCUCACUUGUGUUUCAAAUCUGUGCUCACAAAAACUUCCGGUUUUUGGCAAUAAGAGGACAAUAUUUGCCUGUCCUGUCUUCCUUUUGGGUCACUGACUGAUUUACGUGCAAAACUGUAACUUGUAGUCAAAAUCAUCGCACAUAAAGCAUCAAAGUAAGACAGAUGUGGCGGAUUUUAUCAGUUUCAUUGAGAAAUUAUUAUGUCACCAAACUUUGUGUGUGCCUGUGUGUGUCUUUGUGUCCGUUGACUAAAACUGGCCAAAAUAUUGUCAGUUUGCACACAGAGACACUUUGGAUGCUGGUUUACCUCAGUUGGUCAAAGAUGUUACAUUAGUGAUUAUAAACAGUUGAAUUCUUGAUUUCUGUCAGAUACAGUAUUAAACUUUUUGAACUCAUUGCAUAGUUUAAUGUGGGACAAGAGGAAAGAAGACGAGACAUCUGCUGUCCCAUUCCUGAUCCAUGCAAUAGACGCAAUCUGCUCUGUACACAUUCAAUGAUAUUUAUAUUUUUGUUUAAUUUUAUAUGUGUGUCUGCGUGCCUUUUUUAUUUUUCUGGAUGAUUUGAAUAUUGUAGUUUUGCAGACAGAGUCUGAAUCAGACCAGUCUGAUUCCGUCUUGGUUUUUUGCAAUAAGAGGACUACAGUGUUGUCGCUGUCCUGUUUUAUAGAUGUUUUUUUUUAAGAGUAUAGAAUAAGUUGUCUUCUUAAUUUGAUGCCUUUUUAAGCGUGUAAAUGUACCUUAGGUUGGGUUCUGUGCCUACAGAGGUUCAAAGUGAGAUACAUGUGUCUUAGAAAGAAAAUGAUCUUCUCCAAUGUUGUCCCACUUAUGCAUCACCCCAUGACCAAUCUCUCAUGGUUGAUUCCUUUGAAAAUGUGUCCGGUUUAUAUAUUUAUUUGGUUUUAGUUCUUUCUUGAGAAAAGCGUGAACAUGCUACUACACUUUUGUUUGUGUUUGUGAGUGUGUCUGCCUGCCUUUUUUGUCAUUUUGCACGGAGACACUGAUGAUGUGGAGACAGUUGUAGUUCAUGUACAGCUUUAGUUUUAUUUACAGAGGCACCUGGUUUUGGCAAUAAAGGGAUGACGGUAUUUUGGAUAUCCAGUUUUUAAGUGUUUUGUUAUCUAAUCAAAAGAAAGUUGUCCUGUCUAUUCUGUCAUUUUUAUCUGUUACAACUAGGGAUGCACAGUAUUGGAUUUUUGCAGAUUUCCAAUACGCUGAUAUUUUCAUUCUCAUUUUUGCAGAUUUCAGUACUGUAAGUGAUAUAAACAUAACGUUUUUAUUUUUAUUUUUAUUUUUUUCCAUUGAAAUGAACACCAACACUCUACUGUAUUAGAAUUUACCUACUUGUUUUAUUGUGACUAUUUAUUUGUUUUAGAAAUGGAUAUAAAACAAGACAAACAACAUUUGGUUCAACUUAAUUUUAUUUCUUUUUCAAAUAUAGAUUUUGUCCAUUUACCACAGCAGGCACAUGACAAAAUUGUCCUUUACAGUCACGAAUAGAAUGUAUAUACAUAUAAACUGUAUAUGCAUGCACUUAUUCAAUGCGUCAGAAAUUUUUAUAUCUGCUGUUACUGAUAAUGAACUUUUUAAGCUGUUUUCUGCUGAUAUCAAUACCACGCUGAUAAAAUCGUGCAUCCCUAGUUCCGUCAUUCUACAUGUAGCUUUAUGGAGGGACAUACAUCUUUCUGUGAGAGCUGGUUUGGAGUAAUUAUGACCUACCAAUUUUUGGCAAUAAGAGGACAUCUUGUUUGCACAGUCCUGUUUUUAUAUAGAAAUGUUUUACAUGAUGGGAGGUACAAAAUUGUUUCAGUUUCAGAUUUAAUUGAACUGUAACUCAUGUUACAUUUGUAGCUUCAGGGUAGGACGGAUGUGUUCCUGAUGGUUAAACCCCAAUAUCCACUGUCCCAUGAUUGAUCCAUUCAGCAAGGCUGUGUCUGAUUUGAAACCAGCAUAUUUGUCUACCUGAUGAGCUGGAGUGAGCUCAGUUAGAAACAGACAGCACAGGCUGAGUCUGUGAAACACACUCCUGGAGCUCUGUAGCAUUAAAGAAGUAAAUCCAAAGCACAUCUGACAGUUUAGGGAGGAUGAAUCAGCUGUAACCUUGUUUUUCAUGUUUGUUUGACUGUUAUUGUCCUUACAUGUCCAGUGUCCAACAAAAGGCAAUAUUUGAAGACUGACUUACUUUUUACAAUAUGUGUCUCAGCACACGAGUGUUUCUGAUACCUCAGUUCUGUUUUUCUAAUGACAACUAAAGGACUUGUUUAACUCGAACAGACUCACAGAGGGAAGCUCAGAAGAAGUGAGGCUGGGGGCAGAUUUCAUGUGCACUUUAAUUUGAAGGAUUUUACUUAUAUCUAUGUAUUUCAAAAUUGUGGGGACUAGAGGUGUAACAAUACUCUCAGUUAAUAUGAUUCACAAUGAAGGGUCUUUGGACAUAAUUUUUCCAUGUAGAGGUUGUUUAGUAAAACUUAUGAUGCUGUUAUUUAACCUUUUAUACUUCCUUAUAUCAAGGUAACUGAUUCUUGUUGUCAUGACAAAUGUGCUUUUACUUUGAAAGGAUGAAAUGGCACUUAUUUUUGACCGGCAAUUUGUGCUUCUUUUAUGAAGAUACAUGUGAACUUUUACUUCCCGCAAAACUUUAAGUGCCCAUUGUGUUACAAUGAGACUACAUCCAUGUAUUAUACAGUUUAUGGUCCUUAUGCCUCUACAGAAAGAUGAGGUGUGAUAACAUCCAACAAGCAAAAUCAAAGGUAGAUAACGCCCCCUGUUGUCUAAAAGGGGUACCAUGUAUUCAUUUUUUAUCUCGCUUGUUUGAAUGUGAACAGAUUUUGAACAGUCUCAGGAGGUAUUGUUACAUCUCCAGUCAGGAUGUUGAUUCAUUGAUUCUGAAUUUAAGGUUGUUGUUGUCUUCUCUUACUGCACACUUCUGGUCUGCUUUUUACGUAUGACAUAAAUGAAGAAAGAAAAAAAAAAGGAAUGUUAUCUUUACUUUGAUGUAAAUAAGAAUUUGCUGAAUAUUGAAUCCUUCUUUUGUUUGCAAUGGUUAAAUAAAUUAACACACUGUUUUCCUCCUCCCUGCGUUCAUACAGAUAAUUUAAUGCUUACCUUUACAAACCGUGGGAGGCUGAAUGCUGGACUGUUUCUAUCACCAAACUAAAAGUAAUAAAACACAUUGAAAGAGAAAUGAAUUUUCCUUAUGUGAUUUUCUCUUUAAAAAGGAUUUGUAUGGAUAUUUUUGUGGAUGUCAAUGAUUGUAUGAAUAAUAUCUAUAUAUCUAACAAUAAUAAUCUUCUGUAUUGUAACAUCAUGGUAUUUAUUCUCUGCUCAUCUUCUACAGUACUCUUCUGUUGAUUGUUUAUGUAAUGUUCUGUAUAUAAGCAAAUCUGAUGACUUUAUAUGAAGUGUUGUCUUUGGUACAAUGUACCGCUCUAUACACACGUUUGUAAAAUCUACCUUUGUCUCUUUCUCUCUCUCUGGGUAAUAGUUGUAGGUGGUUUAUUGUCAAAGUAGAUAUUCUUUUCCCCCUCAAACUCAGUUGAGGAUUUAGAGGUAGUACAGUUAGAGUUUUUCACAUCUCUGUCAGGAGAGUAAAAGGUUUUACUCUUGUCUUGUUUCUGUUUCUGUGCUAGUCUCUUGCAGUUGUAAAUGCUAAGUGAAAAUAUUCAAUAGAAGAUUUCUGAUUUUUUUUUUAUUAUAUUAAUGAAUUCCCACCACUUUAUGUUGAAUGAAUGCAAAAGAGGGUUUGCCAUUUUACUACCUAAAAUGUAAUUAUCGGAUGAAUUUUGACAUUUUGAUUUGUAAAUAACAGGUUAUGAAUAUACUUCUCUGCAAAACACAUAUGACUGUAGUAGACUGAAAUAUCUCAUAACACUAAAUAUGUCUGAAGUGUGGAAAAGGAUAUUAACACUAUUUCUUUAAAAAGUCAAUCAAUCAAUUGAUGAUUGAUUGAUUGAUUGUUUAUAGAGUCUUUAAUUUUUACUUGUAAAAUCUUGGAUUUGUGUUUGUUCUUUGAUGAUAUGGCAUUUAUUAGGUGUAGUGAGAUAUUUUGACCAGAUAUUAGAUAAAUAAACAUGCUCAGAUAUCCGUUUUUAGAGUGGGGUGAAAAAAUCCCUUCGUCAGUCUCCAGAUUUUAUCAUUUACUCUGAAAAUUGCCCAAAGUCCAGCUUAUGGUGCUUUAAGUCUUGCCUUUUUGUAGAUUUUGUUGUUUGUUAGUAUUUUUCCGUCUCUGAGACCACAGUAAUAGCUCGUAUUUCACUGACAGAUCUCCAGUCCAAAUUUCAUUUUCCAGCUUCUUAAUUAGAGUGCAACUCAUUUCUUCCUGACCUGUAUACUUCCAUAGAAAUUAAUAGUAAUUGAUUACAGUGGCUCAGCGUAGUUCACAGAUUGGGUGAUUGAUCAACAGAUUGAUUGAUGGUCAUCCUUAUUUCAAACAUUACUAAAUUAAAGGUUGAUCAAUAACCAA